AUCUCUGUAGCGAAGGUAGUUGCCAAAGUUGUGAGGGGCAGACCGACGGGAGUCCACGGGCGCGAGCGCUGCUGUGUGGAUUACACCGGUCAGGAGACACGGAGCAGGUCCACCAUCUGACACACCUGUCCGAGAAAAAGGAGACACUUUAACCCACGAGAGGAGGACGGUCCACCGGGACACUUCAGCGGGACUGAACCGGUCCUCCCUGCGGUUCUGAAGGUACGUGAGUCCGUCCGGGACACGGAGGGACGUUUAGCUGGAAAAGCUAAUUAGCGGCUAACGUUAGCGACAGAUUAGCUCCAUGUAAACCAUGACAGACGGCCGGACAGCGAAUUAAACUCUGAGUUUAUGUCAGAAAAUGAGUUUAAAAUGUAAAAAACAGACUCAGAGGACAGAAAGUCUCCUGGUACCUGUUUGUGGGAAUGCGGGUCAGAUAUGAGGAACUGUGGAGUUCAGAGAUCCCAGGGGAAAGGGAGCAGAAAUCACCGAAACACCUAAAACACAGCCUUUAACCUGUCAGAGAGAGUGUUAAAAACCUCAGAGUUAUACUGAAUUAUUAUUAAAACAUUAGAGUCUUUAUUCCAGAGAAACUCCAGCAGGUAAAUGAACCUGAAAUCAUCUCAUUUCACCUGUUUAAUACCUGAUAUAGUAAUGAAUUAUGUGAGAGUUAAAGUCAAAAUGACUUAUUUAGAUGUCAGAUGAUCUGAUAACUCAGUGUAGAUGAUGUCCCGUUGAUUAAUUCAUUAGAGGAGCUGUUAUUCAUCCUAAUGAUAACCACUAUGACAGAUUUAUUUACAUUAUCAGACCACAGAGAGUUCUGCUCUGAAACUGGUCUCAUGUUUUUGUUGAGUGUUAUAAACUACGGUGGCUGCAAAUGAAAAAAAUGCAAAAAAAAAGAGGACAUAACAGAAUUGAGCUGCCAGGGACCAAUUAUGAUGAUGCGCCAGUGUUUUACGAUCUAGGCACAGAAGACGAGUAAACAGACGAUGGUUAGACCAUGUGGCGCCUGAGGCGAUGUGAAGUCAAACUGAAGCUAACACUACACUGACAUCCUCCUCUUCAACUUCAUAUGGACUCAGGCGCUACAUGGUCUAACCAAAUGAUGCAUUAAAAAGUUUACGAAGCGAAAUUGAACAAUAACCUUUCCAUUAACUUCUUCACUCGUCUUCUCGCCGUGGUCUUCUGUGCCUAGAUCGUAAAACAUCGGUGCAUUGUCAUUAUUGGUCCGCGGCAGCUCACUUUGAAUGUGGCUUUUUUUUUUGCAUCCUUUUAUUUUCACAAUAAGUAAUUUUUUUUUCCAUCGCUACUUUUUUUGCAUCAGUAACUUCCGUUGUUGCGGUUUUUUUUUUGGUUUUUUUUUGCAUCAGCACUUUUGUUUUGCGUAGUUAACUUUCCGUUGUGACUUCUUUUUUGUAUUCUUUUUUUAUUUGCAGCAGGCUUCAGUUCCUUUUUUUUUGCAUCAGUAACUUCCAUUGUGAUUUUUUUUUUUUUUUGCAUCGGCACUUUUUUUUCCUCAUUUUUGCAUCGUUCACUUUCAUUGUGGCUUUUUUUUUUCAAUCUGCACCGUUUCUUUUUUUGUAUCUGCAGCGGGCUUCGGUUUCUUUUUUUGCAUCGGUAACUUCCGUUCUGAUGUCUUUUUUUUAUUUUUUUAUUUUUUAUUUUUUUAUUUGCAGUAGUGGCAGCUCUUGACCACCGUAAAAAAAAUAUAAAAAAUUCUACACUUUUUAUAGGACGGGAACAGAGAGAUGGUCGAACAUUUAUAGGUGUAAUAGUUUUGUUAAUAUUUUAAGCCGAUUAUGAAGCAGAUCGUGUUUUAGUAAAGUGAUCAGGAUAUUCCACCAAUAACAGCUUCAGAUGGAUUAAUCAGACAGUCUCAGGUUUGCUUCGUGUUUUUGUCUGAAUGUGUGACUCAGACUAAAAUAAGUCGAGUCACUGGGAAAUGAAAUCUGCUUAAUCACUGCUGGAUAAAGUUCAAGUCUUCACUCCUGGAGUCUCUGCUGCUGCUGCUGAUAAUGAGACAACAGUUAGACUGUUAUAUUUAAAGUGGACAUCACUUUGUCCUCUCUACAUUUGACAACAUUAAUAUUUAACAAGAUGAACAAAUGAGGGACAGACUGUUUAAAGUUUGUUCUGAUCUCGUGUUCGAUCCACUUUCCCCCCGUGCCUCAUGGACGGUUUGAUUUCCAGUUUAGAUUUUUGUAAACGGAUCAUGUCGGCGCUUUGGCUGCUGAGUUUUCAGACAAGAACAUGUUUCGUUACGCCGUGUUUUUUCAGAGAACAUUAUUUACAUUUUUUAAACAGACAGGUUUACGUCAGAUUUCCUGAUGUGCAGCUCCGAAACGACGGGAACAAUAACAGGAAGAACUGAAAUAGAGGAGAAAGAGCAGCGAAGUUUCUCUGAGAUCAUUAGAUUUUAGAAAACGGUGAAGUGGUAAAGAGUAACGAGGACAAAUAAAACUGUUAAAUCUGUUCCUAUAAUAAUGACCAAACCUCAGAUUAAAUGUGAGAGAGUGUGUGAAGUUUCCGGACAGGAAGGUUUCCUGUUUUUACUGACUUCAUAAAUCACUACACUGCUGAUUUACAGUGAAGUGAGCUCAGAGAUUCACUCGACGGUGGGAAGGUGAUGAUGAUGUUGGAUUUAUGAAGCUCCCUCCGUCACGUGUCGACCCCGUCGCCUGAUCUCCUCCCUGUAAUCAGCACCUCUCCUUCCUCUUUUAGGGUUUGAUUGUUUGUUGCUUUCACACACACACUCACACCUCCUCUCUCUGUGCAGACGGUACUCUGUGGCGUGCCUCAGCGUGACAGAUUGUGGUCAUGGCAGUUAGAGGAGACCUCUGUGGGUCGAGUCGUGGUGAGCGGUGUCUAAGUGGGACAGACUGGAUCUGAGGGGAAACGUGGGCCGAUGUGUGAGGAGGUGCAGAAGUCCACAGUGUCAGCUGGUCCUGGAUCUUAAAGGGAUAUUCUGGCAUAAAAUUAGUAACUUUAGUAACGACCGCAGGAUAGCAAAGCACAGCGGUCUGAGGCGCCAUAAACAAACCUCAACCAAAACGCCACUCUAUAGCCACAAAUAAUGCUCAGAACAGCACCUAACUUCAUCAACAGGACAUAUAGGGUCACAGACAUAGUACUAGACACCAAACAUCUUUUUAACUUUUUUUUUUUUUUUUUUUUGUAGUGUUUUGUUAAGUUAUCCUGAAAGGGGCUAUAUAAAUGUAAGAUAUUAUUAUUAUUAUUAUUAACUUUGACUUCAGGCCAGUCCAUUACGGACUACAGCGGGGUGUCACAGCUCAAGGAAGAACAUUUAUGAUCAUUCUUUCAUGGAAAUACAAUCAGACCGAGAUGCUAAAGCAGAAGAACUACCGCGUCUGUAAAAUGAUUAAUAUGAUGAUUACAUACUUGGUGCACUCAGUGAUCGACUUGUCAGGAUUCCCCCACAAACAAGCGUCUGCUGGAAGAGAGUAGGUGAGUUGUGUUUAGUCUCUUUGCUAAAGUUAAAAAGAUGUUUGGUGUCUAGUACUAUGUCUGUGACCCUAUAUGUCCUGUUGAUGAAGUUAGGUGCUGUUCUGAGCAUUAUUUGUGGCUAUAGAGUGGCGUUUUGGUUGAGGGCGUGGCUCUCUGUAUUUCUAUCCUGCGGUCGUUACUAAAGUUGGUAUAACUAGAGAAGCAAGCGGUCGACAACAUUCAUCUCUGGAGGGGGGGUCUAACUCGGUGUUACGGUGUGUUUGACCCUAAAUUAAAUUUACGCCAGAAUAUCCCUUUAAGAAUAGCUGACAGAGGUCCAGAUCUGUGUCCUCUCACUGAUUCAGGAAGGAUGGUGGUUUCAGGAUGAUGCUACAGUCGACUAAAUGUCUGCUGACACUGAAAAUCAGGACUCAGGGUGAAGUUUUUAAAAAGUCACUUUCAUUGAUGACAGCAGCCAGAGAACCAAUCAGGAAGUCGAAUCUAAACACAGCUGUCUCUCUCUCUUUGUCUCUAGUUGGACAGAAAUGUCUCUGAUGAAAUAACACAAACUGACUCUGGACACGAACCGUCUGACCCGCUCUAACAAGGAUCAUGUGAGAUGACCCUCUUUUAUAACACGUCCAUGUACAUCUAGGUGGGAACAAUCAGAGAGCGUGUCUCCACGUUUCUAACCUCAAACCCUCACGACUCGUCCAGCUCUGGGUGGUCUUCAGUCCUCACCCCCAUCCCCAGACCACACGGCUCAGACUAAAUCUCAUUACCUUCACAUUCGAUUAAAGAACAUCUUCUGAAUUUGCUGAUGGGACUCUGAGAAGAUUUGUGCUCUCACUAGAUAACGGUGCUGAUGCUGGAGUUUAAUCCAGACGGGGAUAAGUGAAAGAGACAACAGCCUGCAGGACUCCAGGAGAUGAACCUCCUCCUCAAAGCUUUAGAAGAAGUAGAGGAAGAGCAGCAGCAACAACAACAACAAAAAAGGCUGAAAUGAUCCCUGAAAACGUUGAGGUUUAACAUCAUCUACAGAUUAUCGUCACAAUCACAAAAUCGUCUGUUUUUUUAUUUGACUUUGUGCUCAAAUCUCUCUGACCAGGGUGGGAAACCAUCGCAUUAUUAACUGAAACUGUUAAAGUGACCUGCAGUCAGACUAACAGGAUAUUAGGAAGUCUAUGAGUAAAAGGAAAAUAACAACCUGGAUGGAAAAUGUUUCAUGAAGCAGACAGGAAAUGAAGUUCGUCUGACAGCUGCAGGGACAGAAGUUCAGGACUUUCCCAGCCGCGACAGAAUACUUCGAUACGGAGCAGGUAGAAAAGGUCAAACUCAGAGUUAGGUCUGGUAUUUUAUUUCCAGAGUUAGCAGAAGAAGAAGAAGAAAUCAGGUGAUAAAGGAAGGAUGGGUCUCUGUGAUCGAUUGUGUAAUGGAGUUAUGCAAAGAUAGAGUUUCAAACACGCUGAAAAAGCUGAACAUGAUGACUCCAGUUGACCCCUGAUCGUUCCUCUUCUUCAUGAAAACCCUGAAGACGUCCCUCAGCCUCGCUCCGCUGGUCUCCAAAACCAGGAUUAGAUAGAAAUAGGUCCUGUUCCCGCUCUGGCAGCCAGCUGAAUUAGCGGGUCACAGGUUAAUCAAGUCGGCUGCCAGUUCUUGUGGUGAUCUGCUCAUCAUCCAGUCUAACGCUCCUCUAGUCCGCCAGCCUCUGUCUGUUGUGACUGUAAGCUGUGAAUUGGCCUCAGAGGCCGUGUUUGCUUUAAUUUGGCUAAUGGCCGCUCGCCGUUUGGUCUGAUUUCUCUCCACGCCACGGCGGUAAUCCGGGGUGAUAUCAUCCCUGCGGUCGGUCAGUGUAUCAGGAGUAAUCCAGGAGGGGGUGGCAGGCGGCUCUGUGUUUGUCUGGUAAAUGUAAACACCUAUGACAUUGUGGCGUUGGAUGAAAACCCGCCUGACCCACAUUCACGCUUUAAUUGGUCCCUUUAAACGCUUUCUUCUGAGCGUUAGGAGAGGGCGGGGCUUCGGUGGCGGUAUGACUCACCAAAAGUUCUUGGCAUGGGUGAUAUUUAGGUGACACACUGACUCUUCAGUGAGACUGUCAUUAUAACUACCACUGACAUGUCCUGUAACCGCUGCUGAUGCUGUAACAACCUGACAUCUGAGGAGGAGGAGAGACGCAUUUCUAGACUCGUUUUAAACCGUCGAUUAAUCAAUACAACACAGUUUUAAUAUUUACUAGGGCUGGGACUCAAUUACAUUAAUUAAUCUAAUUAAUCAGAGGCUUUGUAAUUAAUUAAUUAAUCGUAAUUAAUCACAUUUUAAUUGCAUAUAAAUAUUUGACCUGAGAACAUCUGAAUCCACUCAUCUGGUCGAGUGUGGGUCGCUGUACUCGGAGUCGGAUUAACGCUAUAUUUGUUUUUCUUGGGUGGUAGGGGAAGGUCCCGCCUCCUCCGCCUCUGAUUGGCUGUGAAACGUCAUCACACGCUCAAGCCGAGCGCGGGCUGUCGGCUCUGUCCAUCGAACAGAACAUUAUCGCACUUCUGAAUCUCUUAACCCUAACCCGACAGACGAUGACGUUUCACAACCAUAAGAAACAACCAAUCAGAGCCCAGCACUUCUAGCCAAUCAGAGGCGAAGGAGGGCGGGACCUUACCAUCCUACAAAAACAAUCGGAGCCAAUCAAAGCACAUUCAUUCUUGACUUCGUUCAUUUUUUCUUGCGCUGGGUGGGACUGGAAUCACUGCUGCACUCACUCACAUUGGGGUGCGCCGGUAGAAGCGGUAUACCUGAAACUUAUCUAAUGCAAAACGUUCCACGGUGCAGAAAUACAGUUGGUGCGAUUAAUAAUGAAUGUUUUUAACAAGAUAAUAUUACUGUAAUUAAUUAAUUGUGAUCCCCGACCCAAAUACACACUAAUUUGAACUAAAGCUUUGAUUUUAAACUAUGAGACAGCUCUAGAAUAAACCUAAAAUCCAGAUUAUUAAUCCCAUCAUUAAACAAACUAGAGUCUGUCCAUCACUGUGCUCCUCAGUGAAGACCUUCUCUGUGUUCAGCAAUGUUCUUUUUUAAUGUAGAUGUGUAGCUCUCUCUGGUUCCAUCUGUUUUUGCUUCCUCACCAGUUACCCUGACAGGGUCUGGAUUCAAUGAGGCAACGAGAACUUGGGUUUCAGACCUCCCUCGAUCAUGGUGGAAGUACAGAAAGGAUAUGAACGUUGAGGGAGGCAGCAGGAAUUUUAGGGUGUUCUCUUUUUUUUAAUUCGCUGUGGUCUCCUGUUCACAAAUGUGUUGAGGUUGAGCUAUUACUUGCAUUAGCAGCAGUUAUCAAUACACUUCUGUGACAUAACAGGACUCACCUGGACCAGAACAAAGGUAUUAAACAGGGUCUUAUACAGACAUAGGAGGCUAUUAUCAAAGUAAGAACUGUCUAAGUCCAGAUUUCUGUUUAUCACUUUAUGAGUCUUCACUGUGAAAUACAUCACCAGGACUUAACCCGGCACAGGCUGAAGCAGCAACUGUCAAUGUAGGGCUGCGAGGAACCACUUUUAAUAACUAAAUGACAGUAAAAUAGUAAAAAUACAAGAAUGAAGAAGCACACAGGAGGAGCCUGAUAAUGUAGAGACUGAUGUAAAAAAGCUCUUAUAUGCUCGACACAAACAUAGCCGAAGUUGAAUGCUUUAAAACCUCCUCCGAGAGAGGUGGUGCAGUACCUCCCAGAUCAGGAGUGACGUUGUUUGUUUGCUCCUCGACUUCCUCCUGGAGUGAUUUUGAAAUGAUUCAAACCUUCAGUUUCCUUUAAAACGGAUAAUUUCCAGGAAAUGAGGCAGUUUUGUAAAAACCCUCGACUCUUUGGUAACAAAACAAAAACUCAGAAAGUCUUAAACUUUGAGCUCUCUAUAGUCUUUAUGGAUGAUUACGAUUCUGCUCGAGUCUCUCUGAAAACAGGUCUGACUCUGUUACCUGCAUGUUUUUGUCAGAGGAGGUGGAGUGAGAGGAGCUUUAAAUUCACUUUAAAACGAGAAACUUCAGGCUGUUAAAGGUGUGCUGCUGGAGCCUCACCUCAUGUUGUAACAGUAUGUGUGUCAGCGUACGUGUAUGUGUGUGUGUGUGUGUGCACGUGUGACUUCAGCAGGAAACUAUGUGUGCAAUUCGAUUAAUCUCACCGCUAAGCAGCAACAUGCCUCAGUCUCUGUGAGCCGACAUUAUCUCUGAGAGAGAGAGAGGAGGAGGGUUUAAGACGAGUGUGUGAGUCUUCUUAAUGUCUCUGCUCUCCUUCUGUCGAACUUUAAAUGAAGCUCUGAAACUCGACAGUAAAGCAGAGUUCAAACUGAAACCAGGGUUAGUAUUUUAAGACAAUCAGAUAUCAAAUACUGUAGAGAAGAAGAUCUGCAUGAUUGGCGGGUGCAUGAAUGAAAAAAAAACAGCUUAUGUUAGAAUUUUUUUAGGUGUUUUAUUUUCUAGUAUUAAAUGUCCUUAAUAACAAACUAAAGGUUUACCAAAGUUUGUCCGCUGGAAAGGUGUCAUUAUCAAGAUGGCGUCCAUGACGGUAGGAACCCCAGGUGAAUAGGGUAAAACUUUUAACAAACAGAUAUCACCAUGAAACUUCCAGAGUUUAUAACUUACAUUAAGACAAAUAUUUUUUAUAUUACAAGUUUUGUCAAAUAUUAUGUUUGAAUAUGUAAAUUAGCCUAUAUCUAAUUAAAUAUGCACUAAUUUACAGACAUUUACAGAACUGAAAACUGAACACUGGAUAAAGACCCUUUAAAAACUCUUGUUUAUUUUGUUGACAAACUAGAGUCAGAUGGGGGCGAGGAGGGGACUUUGGAUUAGGGCCUGACCGAUAUGGUUUUUUUGGGGCUGAUGCAGAUACCGAUUAUUGAGGGGGGGGGGCGAAUACCGAUUAAUCGGCCGAUUUAAUCGUCUCGCCGAUAAAUCAGUCGGGCCCUAAUCUGUUUGUUAAAAUUUUUACCCUAUAUACCUGGGGUGUCUCCCCGGGGUUUUAACCCAUCAUAGAUAAAUUAGUAUGUUAUUAAGGACAUUUAAUACUAUAAAAAACAGCUGAGAAACCUUUACGUAGAAUUUUUCCAGGGUCAGGUCAUAUUUACACCUGACUAUGACUUGGUUUGACAUGUUUAAAUAAUAAGAAGUGACAGAGUUCAUGUUCAUGUUCAUGUUCUUGCUAACUUCAGGUCUCUGUUUGUUCUUCUCUCCAGCUCAGGAGGCCAUGCUCAUGAAGUUCUUCCUCUUGCGGUGAGCUGCUUCGUGGACAGUCAGCGGCGUCAUGGCGGAGCUGCCCAUCGCCCCGGGUCAGGUCUACAUCGAGGUGGAGUACGACUAUGAGUACAAGUCCAAGGACCGCCUCAUCGUGAUCCGGCAGGGGGAGUGUUACAUGCUGGUGAAGAAAACCAACGAGGACUGGUGGCAGGUGAGGAAGGAGGAGGGGACUAAAGCCUUCUACGUCCCCGCUCAGUAUGUCCGCGAAGUCCGCAAAGCCCUCAUGCCCCCUCCGAAACCCCUCCCUCAUUCUUCUUCUGCUGCUGGAAACUCACCUCCACAAACCGUUGGGGCCCUUUGGGUAAAACCGACUAGUCUGGACCUGGGACCCAAUGACCGGCCCCCCGAGAACCUUCACAGACACGGGUCCAGCACCCGACGCUCACCUUCGGCACAAACGGCGUCUUCUGGACACUUCAGUCCUCCCAGUCAGCGACGGGACAGCAGUAAUUACCAACCCCCCACCACUCCCACUGACCAUGAACGGGCUCUGGCCGAUAUCCUGGUCCACGGAGGACCCCUGGCCGCACAUAGAGGAGGGUCCCUACCAAGAACCCGAGCCAGAUCGCCAGAACUCAUCAGAGCGCCGCUGGAUGUGGACAGCACGCAGCACUGUGACUCUGCAGGCGAAGAGAGGCGGACCAACGACUCGGAGUCAGGAGACGAGCUGAGCAGCAGUUCUACAGAACAUCUACAGGUACGUGGGUUUGGAAUCAGACCUCUACAGAUGCUGGUCUAGGUUGUCCUUUUAGUCUUGGGGUCUUUAGUAUUGGUUUGAAGUUCGGGUUAGACCCUUUAGACCCUAAUCUGGGGUCUUUUCACAUGCACUGAGACCUGCUUUGACGCUUCUGAUUGGAGGCUCUCACCUCUUCCUUCACGUAUUUAAUGAGGUCUUCAUGGAGUGUCAUUCCUAAUAAACGUGGGUGAUAAUUAGCAUCUUAACGUCUGUAGAGUCGGAGCGAACAGCUGCUCUUCAUCUACUGAGGUAGAUUCAGUCACGGAGGCUCAGGGAUGUGGUGUUGGUCAGAGGGUCUGUUUGGUCAGUCUGCUGCUGAACGGAGACCAGGAGGAAACAGAGACCUGGUCUUCCUCUGGGUGUAAACUUUGUACUUCUUGGACAUCAGAGGCUCUGGAGGAGAGGGUCUUCACAGUCUGUAGACCUCUGAUCCAGUUACCUGCUCUAAUUUGUCAAGAAUCUAUGUACCUACAUCUACAGCCUAACAACAGCACUGCACAAGCUUUUAUUUUACCUGUAGUGGAUCACAUGUUCUCCUAAAAAGUAAGGAGCACAACUGAUCAAAUAAUGUUUGUCUUAUUGGUCGACUUUUAUGCUAUUUUUUUAAAUCAGUUUUAGGUCUUUUGGUCACAUGACAGUGAAGCUAUUGAAGGAAAACAGCCUUUUCUGAGAACAUCAACCGGUAAUUUAUUGACGGUCCCUUAUACAACACCGACGUUGACAGUGAGGGUGUCGAGUAGAUUUAACCGCGCUGCUGUUGUUAUUCCUGGUCAUGGAGAGUGAGAAGACACCGGUAGAUCCUCAGAGAAUGUCCGUCAGAUAUCCAACCUGAAACUAACUUCACCGCUGUAUUUACAGGAAAAUAUAUCCAACCUGAAACUAACUUCACCGCCAUAUUUACAGGAAAAUAUAUCCAACCUGAAACUAACUUCACCGCCGUAUUUACAGGAAACUAUAUCCAACCUAAAACUAACUUCACCGCCGUAUUUACAGGAAAAUAUAUCCAACCUGAAACUAACUUCACCGCCAUAUUUAAAGGAAAAUACAUCCAACCUAAAACUAGCUUCACCGCUGUAUUUCCAGGAAAAUAUAUCCAACCUAAAACUAACUUCACCGCCGUAUUUACAGGAAAAUAUAUCCAACCUGAAACUAACUUCACCGCCGUAUUUAGAGGAAAAUAUAUCCAACCUGAAACUAACUUCACCGCCGUAUUUACAGGAAAAUAUAUCCAACCUAAAACUAACUUCACCGCGGUAUUUACAGGAAAAUAUAUCCAACCUGAAACUAACUUCACCGCCGUAUUUACAGGAAAAUAUAUCCAACCUGAAACUAACUUCACCGCCGUAUUUACAGGAAAAUAUAUCCAACCUGAAACUAACUUCACCGCCGUAUUUAGAGGAAAAUAUAUCCAACCUAAAACUAACUUCACCGCCGUAUUUACAGGAAAAUAUAUCCAACCUAAAACUAACUUCACCGCAGUAUUUACAGGAAAAAAACAUUUGUUGCCGAAAUAUACUUUUUUCUUCAGACUGGCUCAUGCACAUGUUCUUAUAACACAUAAUUAUGCUGAAAAUCCACACAGGACUACAUAGGCGCCCCCCCCCUAGUCAAACAGUGUGGACACACCCCUGCAUGGACACACAGGAAACAGUGGGACUUAAAAUCAGGCGGUUUAGUUUGAGCAACAACGCCGCAGGAAUCAUUAGAGAGUGAGAUAAAAACUUAGAUGAACAUACACACCUGUGUCCUGUAAAGAGGGUAAAAAGGCGACUCCUGUACUGACAGAGGGAGGAGUGUACAGGUGGAAAACCACAGCACCUGUCGGCGUUAGUGUCAGGUUAAUCAGGAGGAAGUUUAGAGGAAAGACUCUGCUGUUCAAAACUGGAUUUAUAGAGGAAAUCAACAUGAAAACAGUGGUUAAAAAAACUACGUUAGUCAGGGUGAUCCUGUCAUAAAUUAUAUGAAUCUGAAUGACUAAUUCGUCCAUCACUCAUCAGAUUUUACUGCAGUAUAAAGUAGUACUUCAUAGAAGUACCUGAACAGUUUGUUUCAGAGCUUUACUCCGUCUUGUUGUUAAAGGUUAUCACACAGUUUUUCAGAGUCCCUGUAUUCUCUGAACCCGGUCUGGUCCACGCUGGACUUCCUUCCUCCCUUCCCCGGUCAUUCAGAGAGGUUCGAGUGUGAAAGGUCAGAAAAGUAGUCCGGCUUGUUUCGGAGCAGCUUUGUCUGAAAGUGAACGCUCUGAGAUUUUUACAGCCAGAGCAAAUAUCACAACGAGGUCAGACACUCUUUUCACAGAGAUGGGGUUUUUUUUAGAUUCAUACCUCGAGGGAGGGCGCGGGGAUACAGUCUACAUGAUAGACCCGCCUUUAUUCUCAAGUGCUGCUGGAUUAUCAGGAUCCUGAAGGAACAGACGAGGAAGACGAGGAGGAGGAGGAGCAGCGAAGCAGCAAAUUAAAACACACUGAGACCCUGACAGCUGUUAUAUUGAGGGGCUGGAGGGGAACAUCUGUUAGAGAGGACGCCACAUCCAUCCUAAACAUACGACAGUUUUAUAUACGGAUCAAUGAGGGGAUCGUCUGAGAGACACUGUAACAGCAGAUCACUUUAUUUACAGUUUUAUUUCAAUUAUAACAUAAAAACACAGUUAUUAAGAUUAAACUGUGAAUGUUCACUCUUAGAAAUGUUCUUAUUAUUAGAUAAAGUCAGACUGAGGAGGAAACGAUCAGUCCUUCAGGUUUCAUCGAGUCAAAGAAGAGACGACUGCACCUUACAGGACAAAAGACACCUCUCAGUGUCUCUGUAAAUGAUCAAUGAAGGACAUAAUCAGAGUUUGUCCCUCUUAGAAAAGAGUCAAACAGAGCUGUGGACAGAAGUAGAGACAAAGUGUCAGGACCAGGUCUGCAGAUAAGGAGCCGUGUACUUCAUAACAUGGAGCUUAUCAGGAGGAGCAGGAGGAGCUGGAUCAUUAACAGCACCACCGCUCUGGUUUUAUGUUCACAUUAUGAGCUGUAGAGGGGAGGGCCGUGUUUCAGGAAGUCCUGUCUCUCACCUGAGCAGAGGAAAGACAAACAAACAGCCCGCUGAAACCAGGACGGGUCCACAUCAUCAGGCUUUGUUGGACCAUGAGGACAGCUGACCAAACAGGAAUCAGUCAGGGAGGAGGUGACGGCAGAGACGUGUCCAGGUGUGGGAACACGACGCUGACAGGUGGAGGGGAAAAACCGAGACUUUAUUUCAUGUGGGAAAAGCAGCUUCUCUCAGUGGUCCUAAUAUGGAGCCUUGGGGAACUCCUCAGAUUUACCUCAGACUACCUCUCAGUUUAUGAACAAACGGAGCUCCUGUUGGUGUUCUGUGUUAAUCUUCUUCAUCAGUUCAUGUGUUUGUCUGAGGUCUGAUGAGUCUGAGUCUAUUUUAGGAUGAAAACUCUUGAGUUGGAGGAUCAGCUGUCUGUCUGGAAUAAGAAAGUUUGAGAAGGAGCUCCUCCUCCUCCUCCUCCUCCUCCUCCUCCUCCGACUCCCGACCUUCAAAGUUUCUAAUUAGUUCAAACGAGAGUCUCAUAAAUCUUCUUCUCUGACUCUCCAUCGUUUGUUUCUCUCCGGGUCUGAUUGGUUCUGGGCUUUUUAAGCUAACAGGCACUUCUCCACCCCCCCACCCCCCCACCCCCACCUUUGAUUGUCUCCAUCAAUAACAGCAUCUCCAUCCUGCAGACUCCCGUCACUGUAAUCAGCCUCCAACCUCUAAUGACUCUCAGCAGCAGCCUGAUUGAUAAGAGGAAGCUCUUCUCCAUCGCUUUGAUUAGCCGCUCAGAGUGUGUGUGUGUGUGUGUGUGUGUGUGUGUGUGUGUGUGUGUGUGUGUGUGUGUGUCUUUACACGGUCACACCUUGUUGUACAAUCAGUGUCUGAACACACCCGAGCGAGACUUGACUGAGUCAGUCUGCAGCUCGUGGAAUAAGUCAUCGAUUAAAGCACUCACUCACACACUCACUCACUCACUCACUCACUCACUCACUCACUCACUCACUCACUCACUCACUCACUCACACACUGUUAAUUCUUCACUGCAGGAUUAUUUCGCUGCUGAAUCAUCCAGAUGAUCCCAGAAACGACCCCUAAUCUUUGAAUCGUUAGAAAAUCUAAUUAACCGCUUGUCGCUCGUUUUUAAAGCGCUGAUGUUGAUUUAAAGGGUGGGCCGUACAUGCUGCUGACCGUUGACCGCCAUCACGCCUUGUCGGCGGCGCCCUCACUGUUGUUCUAACCCCCGCUCCCUCUCUCUCCUGGUCGUAUUGUGUCUAUAAUCGCCCUCGUUGUGAGCCGGUAUUCUUCGACUUAUCUUCCUCCUCCAUGUUUCCUGACAGAUUGUUGUGGAUUACCGAACACUGACCUUCUUUCUCAGAUCUAUUUGUCCCACAUCUGGGUCGCCGUUCAGCCGACCAGAUGAGCGCUGUCGUCAGCUCUGUGGCGUGCUGGGCUCCUCAGGUUGGCAGGCGGUGAUUAUGUCACAGAUUUUUACUCUCAGUUUGUUGUUUGGUUCAGAUUUAUAACUUAGAGCUGCUUAUUUGAUCAAAAAAAAAGUUUCUGAAUCCUCUAAAAAAACGUUUUUAACCAGGUUGACCAGGAGCCAAUCAUGUCGCAGUAUUGAUUGAUAAUCAUUCCUGUCCAGUUACUUUAGCGCUUUCCUUAUAUUCGGACAACUUUCGAUGUAGCCAUCUUGUUUCCGGGCUUUUUUCUGACUUGAGAACUCGGGUGUGACGUCAGUUUCAGCUCGGACUACUGACUUCCGAGGAAACGCGAACGCAGCAAUAAAUCCCGCCUCCUCCAGCCAUCGUGGCAUGUGCGAAAUGUAUGUCACUUCCUCUACUAGCCAUCUUUGCGACAGCUUCAGCAUCAGCGAGCUCGCCAAAAUUACGGCCGGGUAUCGACGCUCUCUGUGGCCCAAAAUGUCUCACCGUGUUGGGCAGGAGCUCUGGCGAAUGCCUCGGCAUUAGUCCUGGAGCCUCCUGUUAGCUCCUGUCACAUCGCCAGCUGGUUCCUGACAUCGAUCGGUAGUUUAAAUAAAGUUUUCAAGGUGAAGUAAAUCGAUUGGCUGUGAAAGAUCAUCACACACUCAAGCCAAACGCGGGCUGUCGGCUCUGUACGUCGAACAGAACAUUAUCGCAAUUCUGAAUCUCCGAACCCUAACCUGACAGACGAUGACGUUUCACAGCCAUAAGGAAUAACCAAUCAGAGCCCAGCACAUCUAGCCAAUCAGAGACGUCCUACAAAAAAGAUUUUUGCCUCCCGCCGAAUGUGUAAAACGCUACUGUGCAACGUUAGUUUCAGGAAAAACCGUGAAAUUACCGAGAGCUUUUCGGCUUCAAAACCACAAACUGGAGGAAGGCGGGACCAAGUUGUCCGUAGUAAAUCCAGUCUACGGUCCUUCUGUUGUAGUCGGAGAGUUUGUGUCGGGUCCAAACCUCGGUACAGUUUCCCAGCUGUCUCGUUUGGAGGAAAAUAAACACGGGUUGGUUUGGGAAUGAGCUGGACGGUCUCAGCGGAGUCCUGCUCAGUCUGUUAGUGUCAGUGUUGUGAUGAAUCAGACCUGAGGGGCUCACAGUCCUGCUGCUGCUGCUGCUCUCCACCUGGGACACACACUCACAAACACACACACACACUAACACACUGCAGGGCUGCAGGCGCUCUGGCAGCUGACCCACUCAGAGUGUGUGUGUGUGUGUCACUGUGUGUUUUGGCUGUUGUGUAACAGAGCAGGGGGAUCAGGUCAGGUCUGACACCGUCCUCCUCAGUUUGGAUCUCUCUCUGCUUUGAUUUAAACUCGACCGAUCUCGUCCAGACGGAUGAAAAAAAAACUGCAAAACUAGAGCGAGUUCUUUACUUUGAUUUACUCUCUCUCUCUCUCUGUGUGUGAUGAUGCAGAUGUCCAAUCAUGAGUAAGUCUGAUUUUUUGGACGUCCUUCGGUAGAUGCACCACUCUCUGCGAGGGCGAUACGUCGUCAAAUCAAUAUCACGAUAUUUUGUGCAGAUAAUAACGAUAAAUGGACGAUAACUACUACGGACUGGAUGGGGUGGAGUCACGUCUCUCUACCGAUGUGGUCAAAAUGGCGUUGGUUAUUGUCGUAAAAUUCAGUAUUGGUAAAUAUUUGGUUUAUCGCCCAACCCCAUUCUCUGCUGCCUCAGUCCUUAUUUCCUCAGUUCAGGGUGUUUGUUUGCAGAUUCAGAUUCAGUUGUUGUUGAUGAUGAUGAUGAUGAUGAUGAUGAUGAUGAACUACAACCCUGAAGAUUCUCAGUCAUAAAGAAACACUCGUCCUGUCUCUGAGCGAUCAUGGUCCAGUCAGUGUAAAGUGAAACUCUUCUUCUUUGAUUACUGACAAAGACCAGUGUGUGUGUGUACGUGUGUGUGUGUGUGUACGUGUGUGUGUGUGUGUGUGUGUGUGUGUGUGUGUGUGUGUGUGUGUGUGUGUGUGUGUGUGUAUAGUCAGCUGCAUUGUGUGUGUUGCACAGUGGCAUUAUGGCAUUAAGGGGAGAGCAGGUCAAGCAGUGUGGAGAGAGAGAGAGAGAGAGAGAGAGAGAGCAUCAAUGAGCUCUGCACUCCCUCUCUCUCUCUCUCUCUCUCUCUCUCUCCCUCUCUCUCUCUCUCUCUCUCUCCCUCUCUCUCUCUCUCUCUCUCUCUCUCUCUCUCUCUCUCUCUCUCUCUCCCUCUCUCUCUCUCUCUCCCUCCCUCUCUCUCUCUCUCUCUCUCUCUCUCUCUCUCCCCUCUGUUUAUGUAAGGGCGUGUGAGUGAAUAAGACUCAGUGUGUGUGUUUCUGUGUGUGUGUGUGUUGAGUGUGUGUGUCGCCCCCAGAGUGACAUUAUCUGGUUUGCCACAGUGACAUGUCAGUCAGGGAGAGAGUUUACUGCGGCUGCUGUGUUUCUCUGCUUCUUCUUCUUCAUCUUCAUCAUCAUCAGUGUCCUCCUGCUCCUCCUCCUCGUCAGCACUCUCCGACUCCCAGACUUCUUGCUCCGCAGCGGUCCUCCUCCUCCUCCUCCUCCUCCUCCUCCACAGGACAGCAUGUACCCAGAUGAGACUGAGACGGUAAGACAGCUCCUUUCUGUGCGUGCAUGUGUGCGGGCGGUCAGGACGCGGCUCGCUCACAAACACACGACCUGAGAGGACUGAAACUCUGAUCGGUGUUUGUGCUGAGUCAGGACAUCCCUCUGUGACUCUGUCAGAGUGAAGCUCUGCACAGAGAUGAUGCAGUCCAGCAGGAGUGAAGACUUAGAUUGAUCCAUCUCUUGGUGUGUCGGUGCAGCACUCUCUCUCUCUCUCUGUCCUGACAUGUAAGCUCCUCGAGUUACCUCCACAGUCAGUCCUGUCAGUCAGUUUAAUCCAAUUCAAAACCUUUAUUGGCACCGAGCGUCUUUGGCAGAGCUUCACAGAACAAAAUGUACAGUCUAUAAAGAUCCAGAGGAGUCAUGAAAGCAGAGAAAAUGGACUUUUCUUUCAAACUUGUAUUUAUGAUCAGUUCGCUCACCCUGAUCCAUAACAUUGAUUGUUUGAAGCUCAGCGACCCUCUCAGCGGACGGGAUGGUUGAGGUGUUUGAGCUGAUGAUGAGAGGACGCGCUAAGCGCUCGCCAUGCUGCGUUACAUAAGCCCGGGCUACGUAACAUUUGUUUGGACAGCUGGCUGGUGAGACGAGCUCGGGGCAGCGGAGAUGAUGAUGAUGAUGAGAGGAUGAGGAGGAGGCAGGGGGGCAGACAGGACCAAAUAUUCACUGACAGCUAUUGUAGUCCAGACUAAGUUUUGAACCUGGGACAAUGACGGAGUAAACACAGAUUGGCGGCAGGAUGUUGAAGUAUGUUUGAGACAGAGGAGUAAAAGACAGAGGAGUGUGUCGUAUGAUUUCCUCGUUUACAGCAGACCUCUAAUCAGAGACGUGGAAACAGUUAAAACAGUAAAAAUCAAACAUUUGUGUCUUUAUUUUUAAAAGAAUCUAAAUCCCUGUAGUCGAGGUUUAAUUAAACACCUUGUGGUCCUGUUAGUUUAGUAGUUUGUCUGUGUGCGUGCACUGAUAUCGAGCUCUGAGGUGAGUCUGUCCUGAUUGAUUGGUCGUUUUCUGGAUAAUUUUGGCGUCUGCAGAGUUGCAGCUUGUGUGCGUGUUUACGUUCGACAGUCAUGUGGCGCACAGUCAGAUCUUUGUCGUAGAUUCAUCCUAAACAGCAAAGAAAUGGUGACAGUAUGACGUUGUUUAGAUCAUGUGACUGAAUUUACAUCAUGGCUUAAACUCAAACUUGGAGGGAAAAGUCGUUGAACCCUAAAUGUGAUCGGUUUAUCGGUUUAUCCUGCUCUCUUCGCUGGUACCCGACCACCUCAGCUUCUUAGGAUGCAGCAUCUAUGAUUUACAGUUCUUUGAAAGGACAACUGGACUUACUUGAGACGUCCAGUUGUCCUUUCCAAUAGAGUGUUACCCUCGAUCUCCACCUUCAUCCUGAUCGUCUCCUAAAAGGUCGUAUCCUCCGAUCGUAGCUGAUCGUAACCAUUCAAGUUAACGUGUCAAUUUACACCGACUUCUUUCCGUUCCUCUGCGGAUCGCCGGACUCCUCAGCUGAUCACAAGAGUUCUAUUUUUUCUGGAUAAAUUCAGCACAGAUUAACCCGUGCUGGAAAGGAAGUCGGGCACAGACACAAAAUAAAACAUCCGGCUUCUUUUCAAAAUAAAAUAAAUAAUAAAUAAAAUUCAGGAGGAUCGUAUUUCACACCAUGCAAACGGGCGGAGACGAACGAGUGAAAGGUUUUUAGAUGUCAUUUCACCCCGAUGACACCAUGGAUGAGGAGAUGCUGAUUCUAGAAGUCUAGAAGUAGAUUUCCUCCUCUGGAAGGACACAAUCUACUGCUUAUAUGUCUAUGUGUCUGUCUUUAUAGAGACGACUCAUCAUCGCGUGAUUAAACGUGAAUCUGCAGGUUCUUGUGAGUUCUCCUGAUUACCGCUGUCCGUAAUCCACCAUGAAAUUCACCUUACAAAGGGAUCCGUAAGGAAUUGUCGGAUGGCAAAGAUCGGCGCAGUUCUGGAUCCGGUGAAAAUUGGGGGUUAGGCCGAGUUUCAGAUCAGGUUGAACUUCUCUUAGUCAUCACGUUUAUAAGCACAGACGCUAAAUGACAGAGAAGGAGCCGAUUGCACCGUCUAAAUAAGUUUCAUCACGGCCCGUGUGUGUACAUUCAUGACUGUCUUACUCUCUGUGUGCACUUUGACCUCCGUGGAGGGCGGAGUCAUAGAUGAUUAACGUGGAAACAGGAUUUUCACGUGGAGAGAAACGACUUUUAGAAACACAUCCCCAAAGUAAAAGGUCGUCAUGUUUGCGUCCUUUCUUUGAGUUCCUCACAGAUGGUUCAGUUUGAGGAUUUCAGGUCAGUGGGUCGCUGUAUUUUCUCCUCCUUGGCGUGUAACCCAGGCUGGUUUUAUUACAGUCAGGUCAAAGGUCAGAGUUUAGAGGAACCCGUGUGUAAAUGGCAGUAAUAUGAACUGGUGGAGGAUCAAUGACAGGAUGAUCCCGGCUUAAGCUUUGUUCUGCUGUAAAGACACGUAAAGGUCUCUCUGUUCAGUUCUCAUGUAGAUGUGAUUACAUAGAUGUUACAACACCAGAUUCUACACGCACACUCCUGCUCUAGACAAAAAAAGGUUAGUAAGUCAAAAUAAUCUUAAACACUUAAAUAAUCCUCAGGGGGAAAUGCUUUUUGUCACAGUAGAAAGAGGAGAUACAUAAUAGAUUAAGAAAGUAAAAAAUAAAGAAAUAAAUAGAUAAAAUAAGUAAAAUAAUUAAAAAUAAAGAAAUAAAUAGAUAAAAUAAGUUAAAAAAAGAAAUAAAUAGAUAAAAUUAUUAAAAAUUAAGAAAUAAGGGAUAAAGUAAAAUAAUUAGAAACAAAGAAAUAAAUAGAUAAAAUAAGUAAAAUAAAGAAAAAAAAGAAACAAAUAGAUGAAAUAAGUAAAAUAAUAAAAAAUGAAAAAAUAAAAAGUUAAACUAAGUAAAAUAAUUAAAAAAUGAAGAAAUAAAUUGAUAAAAAUAAGUCAAAUAAUUUAAAAAAUAAAGGAAUAAAUCGAUAAAAUAAGUGAAAUAAUUAAAUGAAUAAAUAAAUAAAUAGAUAAAAUAAGUAAAAGAAAUUAAAAAAAGAAAUUAAUAGAUAAAAAGUUAAAAAUAAAGCAAUUAACAGAUAAAAUUAGUAAAAAAUAAAGAAGCAAAUAGAUCAAAUUAGUAAAAUAAUUAAAAAUUAAAGAAAUAGAUAAAAUAAGUAAAAACUGAAAAAUAAAGAGAUGAUAUACAAGUAUGUACUCUUUAUACAACACAAAAUAGUAAAAUGGUAUGAAGAUAGCUCUUAACGCAGUGAUUUUAUUUGCAGUUUAUGAGAAAUGUGCCUGUGAAAUUCAGUGAAAUAUCAUCGUUUAGUCGAGUAAUCAUUCAUCACAUCAUCCGUUCACAUUAGAGACAUUUUUCCUCCUGAUACGAGUUUUCAAAAAUCUUCUGUAUCAUCUGGAAAUCCUGGGAAAGUCCUGGUUACUCCUCCUUCACUGAGAAUGGAUGGAUCGGUGGAUAACAGCUGAGUCUUGCAGACAGAUGCAGUUCUAACCUCCCUGUCCUGGUCUGGUCUGGUCUGGUCUGAUCCUCCUCAGUUUCCUCAUUGCUCAGGGCCUCUGUACGAGGAGUCUGGACGUGCCGCGGCAGGUCUCUCUCUCUUACGGCGCUGGAUUUCAGCUCGCUGUAAUAGUUCGAUGUCUGAAGCUCAGAUCGCUCAGCUGCAUGUUUCAACCAGACGCCAGCUUCAUGAAGCAACCCUCCUCUGAUGAAUGAAUGAAUGAAUGAAUGAAUAAGUGUGUGUGUGUGUGCGCGCUCCCCGCCCGUCUGUGUGUUAAACCCGCACACAGACACAUGACAAAGAGAGGACUGACUGUAAAGAGCUGCGGUUCAAUUGUUUUUGGAUAAUAAAGGACAAACACAGACGAUCGCAUGAGAACGACCUGCAGAGGCAUGCUGGGAAAUGAGCCGCGCUCCGUCAGCUCUAAUAUCAGGCUGAGAGCUCCUUCACUUCCUGUUUGAACCCUGAGAUAACUCAGAUAAGAUGAGUCGACUCUCCUCCUCUUCCUCUUUCAGUAAAUAUAAUAAAACCUCUUAUAUAACACGUCGUCUCUCUGCUGGUGCAGUUAUCUGUGAAAUGCACUCAGACCCCGUCCCUGGGUCCUGUUGGACUGGUUUAACACGAGCAGGUUUUCAGGUUUGCUCCCGGAGAGGCCAAAGUCUCCAUGUAGACUGGAGUUCAUUAGUAUUCAGGACCAGAAAUACCGGUUCAGGCCCAGUGAGCGGACAGUAUUCUGAAUAAAGAGGAGGAGAGUCAGUUUUCCCCGAGGACAGAUCGACUUCAGGACAAUCAGAGGAAAAAAAAAACACUCUUUCCUUUAUGCCUUUAUUUCCUGUAUGUAAACCUCUGAGGUUUAUCAGGUAAACACGGUUCAUCCCGACCCGCAGGUUCAGAGACGAUGUUUUCCUCCCUGAUAAUUAAUUAUCGUGUUUGUACGAUAAUUUUGCCCUCUGUACGACUGUUUCAGUAUGACCCAGAAAAAAGGCUAAACGUGUGGUGUAACAGGACCGUCUCAGUCUGUCAGACACUUUAUUCCUCAUUUGUUUUAUUUGCGAACCCUGAAGGAAUCUUUUACCAUGUUAGGUUUCCAUCCCGUCGUAGUUUCAGCGACGUUUGUUUCCAAACAACAAGCAUGAUUGGCUGUCAAUCAUUUUCAGUCGGUCAGUCAGGAGAGGACGGUGGUUACCGGGAGCUGAACCCUCGCGUGAGGUCAAGUUGACUUUUGUGUCUAAAAUAGAUUUCACUUAGUUGAAUCAGAUUACUCUUUAUUCCUUGUCAGUUAUGAAUUAGUUAUUAAAAAGUAGGUAACCUUAAGGCUUAAGAUUUUUCUCAUUAGUUCCCACCUGUCAUUUGUUUAAAGGGGACGCAUUAGUGUAACACAGCUGAGAUGGAGCUGCUGCUGUUGGGCGGGGCAGUGAGUGACCACAAAACGAUAUGUGACCAUCAUGCAACAGUCAGAUUGUUGUUUUGAUUAUGACGGAUUUACGAUUAUUUUCCCCAAAACACGAUAAUUUUGAGUCUCUGGUACGAUAAUUCUAGAUUUCCCAUCUGCCAACUCUGCUGAUGAGCAGAAACAAAGUCUGAACCCAUCAGGGGUUUCACUCUUUAGACCCUGAACUUCACUCCUGGAGUUUGGAGUCUCACAGUCGUCUCCACUCAGCCUCGAGUCAUGAAACAACAAACCCUUAUCAGAUCGUUCUAACAGUCCGUGUCUCGACCCUUCGCUGUGGAGAAAACAAACGGACUCUGUAAACUAGACGACAACAGUCCUCACUCUGACCUCUGAUGGAUCUGCAGCUCGAUUCUUUCUUUUUAAAAACUCAGAUCCACUCCCACUGAAGAGCUCGGUGAGGAACUCUCUCUGUUCAGUUCAGGUCGGAGCACGUUUGUGGGAGAGUCCACACUCUGUGGAGAGUUUUCUCAGAGUUAAAGUGGUCCUGGAGUUUCCUGUCCACCUCUCUGGAUGAUGACCUUGCAGGAUUUGCGUGGUCAUCAUCAUCAGAGGCGUCACAGCCAGCGCUCUCCGUCACAGACGCUCGUCCCUCCUCUGUGUUCGGGAGUGGAAGGAAAACUGCCAGGAGUCAUUUUUAAAGACAAGCUUCAGCAACUCCCAUCGCCGUGGCAACGGCUUUUUCUGCUGAACAUGGAGGCGCCAUUUUUCUGAUUAUUGAGAAAGUUUAGACUCUAAAGAAUGAAAACACAACUUUAAACAAACACGCUGGAAGAUGCCGGACACGUACUCCUACGUCCUUCCUCCGUCUGUGUGUCUGUGCUCAGCCCACCGUCACAACCUCGACCCCUGACCCCCGGAACGGCUGUGUUUUUUGCCGUCCACCAAUUCCUACUGGACCCGUCUGUGAGGCGAAUUUCGUGGCAGAUUACGGACAGCAGAACUCACAAGAACCUGCGGAUUCACCUCCAAUCGCCCGAUAACGAGUCGUCUCUCUAAAGACAGACACAUAGACAUAUAAGCAGUAGAUUGUGUCCUUCCAGAGGAGGAAAUCUACUUCUAGACUUCUAGAAUCAGCAUCUCCUCAUCCAUGGUGUCAUCGGGGUGAAAUGACGUCUAAAAACCUUUCACUUGUUUGUCUCCGCAGAGGAACGGAAAGAAGUCGGUGGAAAUCGACACGUUAACUUGAAUGGUUACGAUCAGCUUCGAUCGGAGGAUACGACCUUUUAGGAGACGAUCAGGAUGAAGGUGGAGAUCGGGGGUAACUCUCCUCAUUCAUAGGUCUGCAAACGCUGAUGUCUUGUCAUGACUUUCGGCAUCUAAUAAGACAUUUCUUCACACGCCGCUUUACAAUCAUUGACACCAAGAGUCAGAAAUUAACCAAAGAGUUUAAAAAAAUUCUGAUUUGGAUGAAACAGAACUUUUGAAUGAGCGGGGUUAGGGUGAGUCCUCCUUCUCUGGACUGUGGACUCGUUUUAAAGCAGAGGUCCUGACAUGAAGCCGGGGUGGGGGGGUGUCUCUCUUCCUCAUACCGUCUCUUUUCCCUCCUCUUCUGCAGAGAGGUGAGCUGUUCAGGCAUGUGGUGGUUAAACUGGGACACGUGGCCUCUUCCCUGUAGCUGCAGGAGCUGAAAAGCGUUUGAGCGCCUGUUUUCUUUUUUUUCUCUCCACAUUCCUGAAGGUGUGCAGAGAUGCUCAGGCAGGUCGAAACAGGACCGCUCUGUGUGUGUAAAGACAGAGAAGUGACAGGGAGGAUUACUGAGCUGCAGCAGACCCUGUGUUGUGGGUGUUAAUGAAUUAACACUUAAAAACAUGAAAAGAUGUUCCCCGUGUUGUGGGACGUCCUGUAGUUCUCUGCAGGAUCAGCUUCUUUAAUCGUUGUUGAUCAGUGAGGCUCUGAUAGGACGACAGCAUGGACUAAAGAGAUGCAGAUUUAUUCAGCUCUGCUCCAGAACAACCUGAAAUAACUCUGAGGAGAUGUUAUCAGGUGUGUGUGGUUGUCUUUGAAGAGUCUCUGCUGUAUCUUGUCUGCUGUAUCUUGUUCGCUGUAUCUUGUUGCUCUGAUUGACUCCGCUUGUUCAUUAUUUGCUCAUUACCGAGCAGCGAUUACUCUGCACCAUUGUUGACCUUGUGAAAAGACUUUGGAGGGAAUAUUUGGGCACAUUGUCAAGCUUAAUUACACUCCCAGCUUUUCUAAUUAGUGUGUCAUUUUGUCGUCUCCCGCUGCUGCUCAGAAUCACAAUUAUGAGCCUCCUCACUCGCCGUAAACGGGCCGGUUUUACUGACAUUCUGGACCUGCGGGCUUCCUGUGGUGGUCUCUGGGUGUUUACUUCUGUCUCUGUCUGUGUGUGUUCAAGUUUUAAGGGUGUAGUAUUAGGGGUGGGAGAAAAAAUCAAUUGACUUAAGUAUUAGAAUUUUGUCUUUUACAAUUUUUAAAUCAAUUUUUAUGCUCAAAAAUCUUUUUUUUUAUUAUUAUUAUUUAAGAAUAAAUUAAAAAAACUGACUUUGAUGUGAUGUGUAUUAUUUAGUCAGUAGACCAUCAUAAUCAUUCAGCUGUUUCAGACAGACCAAAAAUCGAGAAAAUCAAAGUCUGAAUCGAUUCGGCAUCCAAAAAAUCGUAGAAGAAUCGAAUCGGGAGAAAAGCAGACCGUCCCGGCUCUGUGUCUAAUGUUGUUUAUUAAAUUAGUUUAUUUUCUAACAAAUAUAAAGUCUGACUUGAGAAGUCUGAAGGUUUGAAAACACUAAACUAACAUAAACUCAUUUAUUCAACAUGGCUGAGCUCAGGGUCUUCGUGAUCGGCCCAGUAUGGUCCAUUUAAAGUAGUCCGAAGUGGUUCUGGUCUGAGACCGGUUUUUGAUCCUCAUUUUGUUCCUGUUAUUCUGUUAAAAUCUGGUGAUUCUGUUAUAGUGGUCUAGUUUGGAACCAGGUUUUAUGGCUGCCUGGAUCCUGUGGCCUGAAAACCAGAACUCAGUUUGAGGUUUCUCAGUGACUCAGAUCGGGAAACUCUUCUCACCCUGAAGACCAUCAUCAGGAGAACCCUCUCUCUCUCUUUCUUACUGCCGUCUGUAAAAAGACCUCUUCUGUCGUCAUCUCUCAGGCCUGACUUCAGGAGGACUCUGAAUAUCCCUAACCUCCUCGGUCUUUUGUCUCUGCAGUCCUCCACAGUCCCUGAACUGUGUCUACGUCAUGUCUGAUGUACCUUCAGUCCCUCCUCUCUCAUCAGCCCGUUGGUAUUCGGCCCGUCACCCACACGUUUGACCUCACCGUCGUCAUGGAUUCACGGAGGAGGAGAAAGCGGCUUCUCAGAGUCCUUGAGUGGGAGGAGACUGUGACGCUCUGAGUCUGAUGUCUGAUGGUGUUUGUGGACCUUCUUGAUGUGGAUCCAGGUGGUGGAAAGAAGGUUCAUACCUGUCUUUGUUUCGGCGGCACUUACAGCUUCAUGUUCAGGAGCGACAAUCACGAUGAAUCAGUCCUCAUUUCAGCUGUACCGUCUGUUUUUGACUCACGAAUGAAAACGAGGACUUCUUUAUCUGUGACUGACAGAGUUUUGAGUCUUUUUUAGGACUGAGGUUGUCCUGAAAAUGAAGAUGUGUCUAUAUUUGCUGUGAUUGAAAGGAUCGAGUUGAAAAACAGACGGACCAAAAAUAGGAAAAUAUAGCCGGGAGUUCGAAGGGUUAAAGGGUCUGCUGAGGUCGUUUCAGCGCCUCUCUGUGUCUCUGUAAUCUUGGCGUGUUUAGCCCCAGUGCAUCAUGGUCUUUCUGCUUUGUUAAUGAACAUAUAGACUCUUUAUUCCCAUGAAUGGACAUCAGACUGAUGACCCUAAAGGACCCUAAAGGACCCUGAAGGACCCGUGUGUGUCUUUUUGAAGGAAUAGUUCUCGGUUGUGUCCCCUUCGGUGGGUUUGUCUUCACACAUUCAGACCGUCCAGCUGGGUCAGUCUGCUGAACAGAGAGGCAGUGUCUGGUGUAAUGUGAUCUAACAGGACGAGCAGGGAGAAGGAAGCUGCUGUGUGUUUUCUCCUACUGUCUGAUUUAGCUGACCGGUCGUUUCCAGCUCUCUUCAGUCUCCUCUGGAGGUUCUUAUUGAAUUAAAUCUUCUGUUAUUGAUAGAUUUGUUUUAUUUAGUUCAUUUAUUUCACUUUUUUUAAUAGUUUCAGCUCAUAAAGCGCCAUGUCCCGUCUGUGUACUUCUGGAUGUAAAAUGAGGUGAACGCGCCCUCAGUGCCGCCGCCGCCACACUCUCUCGUACGCAUCCAUCUGCCUCGCCACUCCUAAAUCAAAUCAGAGGUCUGCUGAAUCAAAUUAGGCUCUCAAAGGUCAAACUCCACCAGGCUAGAACAGUAGACUAUUAAAAAGGCCUCACACUGUUCAACAAACUGUUCCAGAGGAAAGUGAAAGUCGGUGUUCAGGACUGAAAGUGGAGCGGACAGGUGGGUCAGUCUGCAGGUGUUCCCUCCGCUCAGGUAAACUCCGGUUUUCUCACUCAGAGGGGAAUCUUUGGCAUGCUGUAGGUGCUGUUCUGCUGACAUCCUCGUGUUUGUGUUCACUCCUCUACAUAACUUUUACCUGACCUUUUUUAUUAAAGUAAAGGUACUGUAAAUACUCGCAGAGGUGGACUGAAGUCGCUCUAGUUAGUUGUUGUCUAAGAUCUGGGUAAGGGAUGUCCAGUAACUGGUUGUUGAGAAUGAACUAGAUUCAUGUUUAGUUUGUUUUUCUAUCAGGUCAGUAUGAACGAUGUUUGUUCAUAAUAAUUGUGGUAUAAUAUUAUAUAAUGAGGUAUUCAAAUGAGGUGUCAAUGAGGUGUUUGAAGUGUAUAGUAUGUUUCAGUACCAACUAACAGACUAAGGAUGUUUCACACAACAUUACAGCCAAUAAACCAGGUUAGAGUUGAUGUUCGGCACCAUUUUAACACAUCUAUAUGUUCUAUAGCUAUAAAACACAAUCAGUCAGAUCUGGUGUGUUUCUGUGGAAAAUAAAUGAAUUAGCCAAAGUGCAAAUUUGGUAUAUUUGUCAAAAAAAAAUCUUUAUUUCAUUUUCUACCUUUAAUUGCUAAUUGAUACUAAAUAUUUCAAAAACCGGUUACAGAAAAUAUUCAGAAAAUAAACCUUAAUGUGAGGAAGUGUAAGCAUGAUGUUAGAGGUUAAACAGCAGAGGCCCCAGGAUGGAGCCUUGAGGGACUCCACAUUUAACUUUGCAGUAUAGACAGUCGUAUCUAGUAAUUUCUGGGAAAAAUGUAUGACUUAGAUCAGUGGUUCUCAUCUGGUGGGUCCCGACCCAAAAGUGGGUCACGGUCGCAUGAUGCUAAAGGUUAAACAGAAGAGGCCCCAGGAUGGAGCCCUGGGGGACCCCGUUUGUAAUUUUUCAGGUAGACACAGAAAAGUUCUUAAACUAAAAAGUUCCACCUAGUUUUCCAGUAAAGAGUGGAUCUGUUUUUUCCUUUAGCUUCUUUUCAGAAAGGUUUCAAACACACAGCUCUUCCCUGACUAAGUUCAUCAGCAGCAAAUAUCAUGAAAAUGACCCACAAAGUGUUAAAGUUCUGGUGCGUAAAAGAGGGCGCUGCUGAGAAGAGCGGCUGCGGUGAGUUAAAUAAGAGCUUCUUAAACAAAGACACAGAUCAAACUGGGUGUUUCUGCUCUCAGCUUUAUGAAGCUCUCUGUUGAAAGCGGCUGGUGUGGCGCAGGAUAAACAGACUCUGAUAACAGGUGCAGCAGCAGAAACCUCUGAGAGGGUGUUUAGUCUGAGCCGGGUAUUAACGGAGUAGCAGGGCCGAUAUGCUGCACAUCUCUGCUUCAUAUCUUAAUCCUCCUCAGCUGUGUUGCCAUAACAGGAAUCAAAAUGUAAACAUCCAUCAAAGGUGAUUUGGACCCGGCCUGAAAGCUGCUGUGUGGUUGCUUAUUUUUAUUUUCUGUUCUUUCUGAGGGGAAGAAGAAGAAGAAGAAUCAGGCGGCAGCAGCAGAUGCGCUAAUCUCCUCUGAGUCUGAGCUUUUCUGUUGUUCAGAAGAGAAAACCUUAUCUGCUGGAUUUGGAUUAUUGUGCUGCUCUGACUGUAUCCAAGAGGGAUUGGACUCUUUAGACAACUUUUCAUACCUACUCUACACUUAGAGAUAUAAAUAUCAGAUUUAGUGAAAGUUGUUUAUUUCUUGUUUCUGUGUAAAUGAAAUGAACUGGAUUGGAGGCCUAAAAAAUUACAACUUUCAAGGCUUUUGGACGAGUUUCCCUCUCAGUGUUCUUGUUUUUAUAACAACAUCAACAUCAAGUUUAUAAUUCUGUUUGUUUCUCAUUUGUUAUUGUGACCAAAAAUAAAACCAUUCAUUCAUUCAUUCAUCAAUCAAUCAAACUUUGUUUUUAAAGCACUUUUCAUACAUAGAAUGGAGCUCAAAGUGCUGUCCAUUAGCACAGGAUAUUAAAAAACAAUGAAAUAAAUAAAAAUAUCACACACACAGACCAGAUGAGGACUCUUCAACUCGCUACAGAUGACUGAGGAAACACUAACUUGAGUUAAAAAAGACGAGGAAACACUGGAUCUAAGACUAAAAUAAAAGAAAACCAUAUUAUAAAGGUGAUAAAGCGUUAAAGGUUAAUCAGAAUAAGAAAUAAUGUAAUAAUCCACUGGGGUAAAUUGCUUUUAUUACAGUACUCCAGUGCAAAUACAGUAAAAGUAAAAAGAGUAAAGAGUAAAAGAGUAGAUAAAUAAUAGAUAAAAUUAGUAAAGAUGUAGAGCUAAAUAGUUAAAAUAAGUUAAAAUAUAGAGAUAAAUAGAUAAAAUUAGUAAAAAUAUAGAGAUAAUAUACAAGUAUUUACAAAUAGUGAUAAUAGUUAAGUAAAUGAAACAGUCUUAGAAUCAAACAAUAAAAGAAAGUAAAUUAAAAAAAAGGUAAUAAAACACAAAAUAGAUACUCUAGGACUAAAAUAAGGUAAAAUCACAUCAUGUAGACUAAAAGAUUAAAUCAAAUUUAAAUCAAAGCCAGACUAAAAGGUCGGUCUUUAGUUUACUUUUGAAAAUAUGAACAGUAGGUGGCGCUCUCAGGUCUGCAGGUCGGCUGUUCCACAGAUGGGGACUGUAAUGUUGGAACGAUGAUUCACCAUGUUUUAGUUUUUACUUUGGGAACAAUUAAAAGACCUGAAGACUCUACUAGGAUCAUACGGUAAAAUCAGACAAAUAAGAAGGACCUUUAAGACCGUUAAGAGCUUUAAAAUCUAAUAAAAAACCUUAAAAUCGACUCUAAAAGACACAGGUGAGAUGUUAAAAUCGGUGUGAUGUGGGCUCUCUUCUGCCAUCAGACUGUGUCCUGAGCAGUGACCCCACCUGCUGCCCCCCUCUUACAUAACCGCCCCUCUGCAGUAUGUCUCGUUCGUUCAUAUAUACAUCUCGGCUGUCCUCAUCGGACCCCGUCAGCCUCCCACCGUGCUGCAGAAUUAGCGUCAUUAUCUUCGAUCCGUCAGGUAGGAGGAAUUAGAGGAUUAAUCACUGGGUCCAGGCUGUCAGCCGCUCUGCUUCUCCUCUACUGUACAGAAAAACAACAUCAGCACUGACAGAGCGUGUGUGAAAGGCUGAGUCAGGAGGAGAGCUCUGGGCCCGCGUUUGGAUUUAUGUGUUUAUUAAUAAGUGACUGAAUGCGUGUCUGACAUCAUGUCCCAUCCUGCAGGGGGGGCCCCUCUGGUCCCAUGUGGGUUUGAGUACACAGCUGUUGAUCCAGACGCUCUAACAUAUGUCCGUGCAAACACACGCAUGUACACACACAUCUGUGUAGGUUCAUUUACGGUGACACUUUUUAAUCACUCUUCCCUCCCCGUCUGUGUCGCCCUCUCACAGCUGUGUCCAGAAUAAUCCCACGCUGCAUCAGACCAGGAAAUCAGAAUUAGCUCCGGUUUGUUGUUGUUGUGUAAUUCUGGGGUAAUGAACCAGCUGCAGUUUAGUACGAUCGUUGUAACCUCUCAGUUCAAUUCAAUGAAGCUUCAGUGUUGACCUAGAGCAAACCUAACACAUCAUAGUCCUUUAUAAGCUAAAGUCCUGGUUGUAAACCUCGAACCCUGUCAACACACACAGAUAUACACUCCAUACCUCACUGCAGGUGUAGUAUGGAAACAGGACCACAUCGACCCCGGUUCACGGCCCCACUCAGGUUUCCCUGCCUUUGUUAUGCUUUGCUAAGUGAUUCUGAUAGGUCGUCACAAAGCGACAGUCUGCUAUUUCUCCAUAGCAGGGUGUCUCUAUGAAGAACAGACCGUUGCUAUGGUGAUGCGUGUUGAAAAACUCACUUUAUCAGUGUAUCCAAACACAAUGGGUCCUGAUGCUAUCACAUGAUCGCCACAUUAAAGUCUCAUUGAUGAUCUGAUCACUAUCGGACCAUGAUCGCCAUAGAAACGAGGUUCAUGAUAAUUACCAGUCUCCACAAUCAUCAACCAAGACUUAAAGUUUGACUGUCCAGAGCAGGAACAUCUUUGAACACCGUCUUUGUUUCUGUGUUUUAGAAACUCAGAAAUGAUAAUUGAAUCAAACGAACAUUAACUGAUAUUUUCUCGGCCCCUCACCCUCAUCGGUUCCUCUCUCUCCUCUUCCUUGUUAUCAUGUUUGACCCAGUUGAACCUCGUGUUGAGUUGUAAGUAGAUCAGGGUCAGAUUCAGAACCAGACCAGGAUCCCUCUGAGGACCUGCUCUCUCAGAAGGGUUCAUAUAAAAGAGGACAAUCUCUCUGACAUCCAUGUCAGCCUCUCAGUCCGUUUAGUGUGAAUAGAUUUCCUGUUCAUGUUUGUGUCUGCAGGGACUCGUCAUUAUUUCCUCCAGAGAAGCUCCUCUUCAUCGUUCACAGUCAUUAAACCAGUUUGAGGAAGUUCCUCUCAGUAUCUUUAACUUCAUCAAGAAGAACAAACAUGCAGAAAUCUGUGACUCUCACAGACUCGUCCGCUCAGGUCUCCUGCCUGCAUGACGAGUCUUUUGGUUUUUAGUUUUUUCCACAUUAAUGAUAACUGAUCUUUAAUUUUUCCAAAGAUCCAUCACUGACAGUUCCUUUAAUUUACAUCCUCAGAGACAGAGUCCUCCUGUAUUUGACAUGUUUACAGGACUGAAACUAUUCCUAGAUAUGCAUGUACAUAUCUUUUUUUAACUCAGUGUCUUUAUCUUUUAAUUUUUUCUCUUUUUGUAUCUAUACUAUGCUGCUGUAAAUUUGGAAUUUCCCCUCGUGGGGCUUUUACAUAUAGGGUCACAGACACAUCUUUUUAACUUUGACUCAUUUCUUUAGCAAAGAGACUAAACACAACUCACCUACUCUCUUCCAGCAGACGCUUUUUUGUAGUGAGACCUCAGGCCAGUCCAUUACGGACUACAGCGGGGUGACGCAGCUCAAGGAAGAACAUUUAUGAUCAUUUCUUCAUGGAAAUACAAUCAGACCGAGACGCUAAGACAGAAGAACUACCGCGUCUGAAAAAUGAUUAAUAUGAUGAUUAUUACUUCAAGGAAAUGAUAAAGAAAUGAUCAUAAAUGUUCUUCCUUGAGCUGCGAAACUCCACUGUAGUCUGUAAUGGACUGGCCUGAGGUCUCUCUACAAACAAGCGUCUGCUGGAAGAGAGUAGGUUAAUAUUUAGGACUGAAACUGAUCCAGCGUAGAGCUGCUGAUUUGAGGAGGAAAAGAAGAUGAAACGCAUAAAAUUACUCCUAAAAACUUUGACUCAUGUGUGUGAUAUUAUCUAAAAUAGUCUCUUUAUUGACAGGCCUUAUAAUGAUCCUUUAUUACAUGUAAUAAACGUGGGAUAUAAAUGUGCUGUGUGGAAGAAGAUGUCGUCCAUAAACAGAUAACUAACAUGUUCAGAGUAUUUGAGGCCUCCUCAGGUCACUGCAGCUCGCUCUCUCUCUCUCUCUCUCUCUCUCUCUCUCUCUCUCUCUGUCUGUCUGUCUGUCUGUCUGUCUGUCUGUCUGUCUGUCUGUCUGCGUUUCUCUCCUUUUAUUCAGACCGUGGUGGACUCAGAUUUCAUAUAUUUUGAUGAUUUUCUUGUUUUCAUGUUGAAGUCUUUUAAAGACUCUCUCUCUCUCUCUCUCUCUUUCUCUCUCUCCCUCUCUCUCUCUCCCUCUCUCUCUCUCUCUCUCUCUCUCUCUCUCUCUCUCUCUCUCUCUCUCUCUCUCUCUCUCUCUCUCUCUCUCUCUCUCUCUCUCUCUCUCUCUCUCUCUCUCUCUCUCCCUCUCUGAAUCUGCUGAAGUUUCACUGAGUGAAUCUUCCCCGGCUGUUUUCCUUUUUUAAUAACCCCUCCUUUCUUCUUCUCCUCCUUCCUGUUUCGAUCACACUGGGUCACACCUCCAGGCUGGUUAAACUGGUCCUCUGUCCCACAUUCAGCACAUUUAUGAAGCUCCCGCUGUGUGUGCGCCGACGAACUGCUGACAUAUCAGAUAAUGAAGGGAGACGAUGAUGAUGAUGAUGAUGAUGAAACUUUUGCCAUAAAAGCCUUUAAAUCCACAUUUUCUCCUCUCUUUUUUCCUCUGUUGUAGAUUUAGUUGUUUCUUUUAUCAGGAUCUAUUAUUAUAACUCUAGACUGACCAAAUAUGGGAGCCGAGGAUGAAACCGUGUCCCACUAAUGUCAGUGUGAAGGUCUGCGUCUGUCAGUGACUCUGGGCAGGUUUCCAAACACGGACUUAUUGAGCCACAUUUCCUCCUUCUGUUAUGUAAUCUCUCUCUCUCUCUCUCUCUCUCUCUCUCUCCUCUCUCUCUCUCUCUCUCUCUCUCUCUCUCUCUGUCUCUCUCUCUCUCUCUCUCUCUCUCUCUCUCUCUCUCUGUGUCAGUGAGCGUGUGAAGCUCUGCAGUGAAACUCAGGAACCAAAUCGACCAACCAUGAAGUGAGAAACUGAGGCAUGUGCUGCUGUGUGUUUGUUUUUGUGUGUCCGACUGUGUUGAUACCUGCACAUGUGUGUGUGUGUGUGUGUGUGUGUGUGUGUGUGUGCGAUGCCAGGUAAGAGUGAGUGUGUUAAAGCUCUGCGGUGAGUGUGUGUGUUUAGUGUUUGCAUGGCCUGGCUCCCUGUGGUAUGCAGCAGAGCAGGUUCAUCGGUGUCAAACUGAAAAAUGGAAAGAGGAGGAGGAGGAGGAGGUGAGUGCAUGGAGCCCCACCUCCUCCACCUCCUCCUCCAUCCCCGGCCCGUCCCUGUAAAAACUGAUCCGACUUUGUCGUCAGGCUGCCACCUAAAGGAGACGCCGACUCCUCCACCUCUGAUUGGACAGUCAUCUGAAUACAGGAGUUGGAGCAGCUGAUGUGAGAAAAAGCUGAUUCUGUGUUUUUAUUUCUUUAUUUAAAUGUUUGAUGAGAGAAUAAAAGUGAAAACAGGAACUCCAGAUUUGGAAAGUUGUCCUUUCUAAAAGAGUGUUCAAUUUUCGUUCCGCAGAGGAACAGAAAGAAGUCGGUGGAAAUCGACACGUUUAACUUUAAUGGUUACGAUCAGCGACGAUCUUUUCGUAGACGUUCAGAAUGAGGUGGAAAUUAACCUCCACACCACCGACGUUUUCCUAACGCCAGUGUUGUGGUUGACAUUGAUGUGGUCAUCUGUUGAGCCUUCAUGGUCAUUUCUGUCGGGGGUAGCACUCAUUUUCUUUGUUUCUCACCAACAGUGCUGUCGGCUUCACCUGUUAAAGUGCUAUGGUUGGGUGGAGCUGCUGUCUGCUACGACGCUGCAGUUGGUUGAUACUUGGUUCUAAUUCAGAACAUGAUUGGUUCAGACCCGGAGAAACUCCCCUUUUCAUUGGCUGUUCGUGAAGUCGACCAAAACAUGUCAGAAUGACGACUAUUGAAAAGGAUAUUGAUCAUGUUUCAUAUUGAUAUUGAGGGAAAUUAAUUUUUGAUAUACAUCGUUAUCGUUUUAUCGCCCAGCCCUAUUUCCACCUCAAAAGUUACUCUUGAAGAUGUUUUUACAAACGCACAAAACUCCUGAAAACAUUUUCACGACGGUUCACAGGGGACUUUUCUCGGGUUAAACUUCUGUAUGAAAUCAGGGUGAGUCCAUGUGAGACUGCAGCAGGAAUUCACCUCGAGGAAGCGAGGAGGCGAGGGUUAGGAAGCUUCUUUCUUUCCUGCUACAAAAAAGACCGCUGGGGUUUAGGUUCGCUCACAUCUGUGACUCAGGAAAAGAUAAGAGCUUACCGAAAACCCGUCGUCUGACUGCGCCGGUGAGAUUUAAAUAACCCGCCAAACAUCACCUGAAGUGACGUACCUAAAGGACUCAUAUCUUAAACAGAUAUAUUUUGGAAAAGCAACAAAAAAAGGAGGUUAGAGGAGAAUCAUGAAGAGUAAACCCGUCUAUAUAUCUGUCUGUUUACACGCUGCGUUUAUCUGAAGGUAAACUGGUUGUUGCUGCUGUAGCGUGUUUUUCCUUUCACGUCCUGAACCCGCAGACUCGUCAGGACUUUAGUGAUCGGUCAGGUUCGUACGUUACCAUCAGAAAAACACUCAGACACACACAGGGACAGGAUCAGUGAGAAGGUUAGAGAACAAAAUCAGUGUAAACCAAAAGUUGCUGACAGGAGCUUUACAUAAGACAAUGUGUUCUUGUUUACAGUCGAGAUCUGCUCUCUCUCUCUCUCUCUCUCUCUGUGGUUUAAGAUCUGGUCAAACAAAUCAGGAGAGAAUAAGGAGACAGAGAGAGAGAGAGAGAGAGGACUGAGGACCGUUGAGAAACACACGUUGAGAGGACCCCACAGCCCUAACCCCGAGUUUUCUCUCAUCAUCAUCAUCAGCAGCGGCAGCAGCAGUCCUCCAACAGUUUCAGGGCAGCUUUAGGGAAUCAGGACCACUGCUUUGCAUAAAAUGAACAGAGUGUUCUGGGUCUGACUUCAGACCCGGUCUAAAUAAAAACCAUGUGAUGCGGUUUCGCUCUAAUAUUAGCUCUGAUGCGUUCAGCGCCCGCAGCAGAGUCCUUCUUCUUCCUGGCUGGGAUGCAGUUUAUCUGCGGCCGGAGAAAACAUUGGACCAGUCGAUUAUUAUUCAUCUGCAGAGCUGCAGGCGGCCAAGAUAAGACUCUGCAGGUCUGCUAUCUGGAGCGGGCAGCGUCACUCUCUGUCCUUUCUUAUUCUGGUCUCCACAAGAACUGCUGCUCGGGCCCCCAAAUAGGAAAUUAGGAGGAGGAGGAGGAGGAGGAGAAGGAGCUGCAAUCAGGGUUUCUUCUUCUUCUUCUUCUGACUGAAGAGGGCAGAGCAGCUGAGUUCUUGUUCAGUUUAAGGGUUUCUAAUCAGUCCUCUGAUAAAUUCAGGAUCACUGCUGAGCGAUCUCUGAAGCAGGUUUGUAGACAGACGUUAGAAUUUACUUGGUCUGAGAAGAACCGCUGCAGCCUCAAAGUCCAAAGUUUAGAGACGUUUAUAUAUAAGAUUAUAUCAAUGACUGCAGUUACUCCAAAAUUCAGCUGCACGGAUGUUAACAAGGACCAGAGAGAGAGAGAGAGAGAUCACAUCACUCCGAUUUUAAGGUCUCUGCGUCGGCUCCGCGUCUCUUUUAGAAUCGAUUUUAAGGUUGUUUUAUUGGUUUUUAAAGCUCCUCAUCUUAUCUGUCUGAUCUGUUUUUACCUUCUGAGUCAGGUCCAGUCUUCAGGUCUUCAGGAAGUUCUCUGUUAACAUUAUUGAAGUUAAGACCAAGACAUACGGUGAGACAUCUUUUUAUUACUACGGCCCCCGACUAUGGAACAGCUGACCUGAAGACCUGAGGACUAAAACUAAUCUGAAGGAUUUUAAAACCAAACUGAAAAUUUACCUUUUUAUUCUCACUUUUAACUAAAUUUUAUAUCAUUAACUUUAAGUGUUUUAGCAUUUAUCUCUUUCUAGUUUUAAUCACAGGAUCGUCUUUUAUUGAGUUAUUUUGGUGCUUUUAUUUUAGUUUCUUUUACUGUUGUUUUUAUUUUAUUUUAUUUCUAAUUUCUUAAAUCUAUAAAUCUUUGUUUUUAGAUUUUAAACCUCCAGUGUUUCCUUAUCUUGAAUUUUAAAACCGUGUUUCCUCACUUUACACUUUCCUGUUUCUAUAUAAUCGAGCUCUUUUUGAGUUCAUGCAUCUUCAUACUGUUUCUGUUGUUCUUGGAUCGUGGAGUGGGACUGAGCGGUUGGGCUGGGGUAGAUCAGGGUAUAAAAAGUGCUUUACAAAUACAGACUGAUUGAUUGAUUGAUUGAUCAAAGAUGAGGCAGAAAUGUUUGUAUUUAGAACCAGAACAGAGAAGAGCUCUUUAUAGCUCUGUAACUGUAGUUACUGUCGUCUUUGUGCGGACACGCCAUCAUGACUCGACCUCCAUUACACUAAAAACACCCGUAUGUAAUAAAGAUGGCUGAUUUAUAAUAACUAUAACAGGUGUGUGGACGUCAACCUGAAAACUGUUGGUGCUCACUCUGCUGAUGGAAGCUGAAGUCUUUAAAUAAUCUACCUGCUCACUGAGUUAGAAAUCAGCAGGAUUAUGAGCAGGAUUAUUGCUGUGAUAUCAUGAUGGUAUUAAUACAAUAUUAAGGUGUUUCAGUGUAUUCAGUAAAGACCGUCUGUAUAAUGAGCAGGAUCAGACCACCAGAUUAUUGCUAAGACACAGUCCUGGUCCACAUCCAGGAUAGUGUCUCGUUUGUCCCCCAUCAUCACGACCCACACGAGGACAGACCUCUCCCCUUUAAACCCGGGACAGACAGACAGACAGACUCUUUCUCUCCUCCUCCGUCCUGUAAAACAGGAUGACUCUUGUCCACCUCUCGGCGCUCCUCUCGUCUCCUGUAAGGUCAGAGGUCAAACUCUGCAUGUGUUUUACUUCAGUGGGUUUAAAGCUCAGUAUUGAUCAGGCGGUCAGUCUGUUCACAGCAGAUGUCCGACACCAGCUGCUCAGGAACAAACUGCUGCUAUAAUGAAGUCCAGAAACAACCCUGCAUGCAUUUUUAAUGGGCCGAGCUGACGCUGCGGACUUUACUCACAUAAUGACAGAACCUGCAGGGCUGAUGGUAUCGGACCUUCAGCAGCUGUUUGAGGGUUUCAGAAACCGGUUAGUCUGAUCUGAUUCAGUUUGAUUUCUCCCUCCUAAAGUGAAAUCGUCAUUUUGAGCCGUUUAUCCUCUGAGCUGCGGUUCGUUGUCCGGCGGUGAAUCACCGCUCUGACUCAACUCAACGGUCGAUUGGCUCACCAGGACUUCCCCCUUUUGACAAAUCUGUGCACUAACCGAUCUGUCGGCUCAGCGGUAAACACACACACACAACACAGAGACACGAGAGACGCCAAAACAGCGAGCAGGAGCGAUGGCCAUGGUUCGCCUCAGGAGGAGUUUUUUCCGUGCGAUCUCGAUGCAUGAAGAAGAAGAAGAAGAAGAUGAGGUGUUUACGAGCUGCUCACCUGCUCAGGUACGCUGAUGUCUGACCUCCACUGUGGGGUCAGGGUGUUUGUGAUGGAAGCUGAAGGAGUUAUCAUAGACGUGUCUGAUCAACAUAGAUCCUGCUUCAUGUCGUCUUGAUUGAGUCCUGCUGUGAUCCCGCUCUGAUCCUCCUGAGCUCCUCCAGCUGUUUGCUCCUGCAGAUUUCAUCCUUAUUGAUCCCUGAGCGAUAAAACAUCACAGAGCCAGUGUUCACAGGCAUUAUUUAUGACCCCGCCGCCUUCUUCUUCUUCUUUGUAACGCCACCAUCAAAUAAUCAUGACAAGCGGCCCAUUGACUGGAGCGGCGGUGCAGCGGCGCGUCGGCGUGUUUGAAGAAAGAUGCUCUGUCAUUAGACGCUGACUCGGCUGCAGCUGCGAACAGAAACUUUGUUCUGGUGUCGCUCACAGACUUUCUCUCCGGUUUGUUUGGCGCCUGUUGAACAUGAACGUCAUCUCUGCUGCGUCUCACACACUAAUUAGAGGUUUUUCUCCUCCUGCCAAGAGACCCGGUCUGCUGCCUGUGAAGUCAGAACAAGAUCUGAAACACAGUUUGUGUUUCUGUCUGAUCUGGAAAUAUCAGCUGGUGUCUCCGCUUGUUUUCUGGAGAUAACAGCUGUUUGUUGUGGAGCUACAGAGAGAGAUAUUUAGCAGGAGCUUCUUAACCUGAACGUCAGCUAAUUAUCGGAGAAAUGAUUUAUUCUUUAUUUGAACAGAAAACCAAAAAGCUCAUGUUAGGAUGAUUCUGACAGAUUCGUCUGAUUUGUCGGACAGUUUUGCAUCAACAAACUUCAUUUUCCUGACGAUAAUAUGAUGACAUGAAGAAGUAUUUUACUGAUUUUGACGGUCAGAUGCUUUUUGUCCUGCAAGGCCGUGUCAGGAGGGGUGAGCAUGGGAGCGUCUGACGGCUGGACAUGGUUCGAACAGACCCAGAAUGAUAGUCGCUCUGCUCGGGGUAAACCCGUAUUUACAGAGGGUUGAAGAUGAGUCGGGUCAGACUGUCCUCACGCUUCAGGAAACAUCAUAAUCCACACUUUCACUUCCUGUUUCCUCCUGUCCAUCAUUCUCUCGGUUACAUAAGAUGAUCGUUUCCUCCUCUGAGUCCAUUCACACCGAACUCUCUGUGGGUAAACUCUGCGGCUGCGUCAGCUCCAACCGUCGCUCCUCUGACAUGUUGUAAUUUCCUUCCUGCUGCAGAGAGCAGCUGAUGGGUCUGAUGUGGAUCUCAGAGGGACAUGUUAUUAACAGAGAGUCGGUGUUUAAAGCUCAAACUCUCUCAUUCAGGUGCAGCUGUUACUUCAUCCUCUCACAGCGCUGAAUCUCUCAUCUCCGACUGUCCAGGAACAGAUUAUGUCACAGGCUGAAAUCCUCUCUGUCUCUCUCUUUCUCUCCCCAAACAGACGGUGUCGUCUUCAGGCCACGGCCGCUCCGACUCCCCCGUCUACACCAACCUCCAGGAGCUGAAGAUCACCCAGACCAACCUCCCCCCGCUCCCCUCCGGCUCCCCCCUCCACUCGCUGGGAGACUGGGAGACCUACAAGGACCAGAGCGGGCGGCACUACUACUACAACCGCUCCACCCAGGAGAGGACAUGGAAGCCGCCCAGAACCAGGGACACGAGCACGGGGAGCUACAGAGGAGAGAGCCACAGCGCGGGAGAGAGCUCCGAGGUACUGAGAGUGAGACGAGGUUAACCCUGGUGUGAAAGUCCGGUCUUAUUCUGUCAACAUUUCCCCAGAAACAGAGCGACGAACAGGAGCGCAGCGUUAAAACUGACCAUGCAGGAAAUCACACAAACCUGCAGAAACACAGAGUCAGAUCAACAGGAUUCAGAGACGGAUAUGAAGUUAUUAGAUUAUAACAGGGCAGCACUUCUUCUCAGACUGUGAGAAGGAGUACCAGGAGACCUGCUGAAGGUCCAGUUUAAAGGGAUAUUCCGGCGUAAAAUUAACUGAGGAUGCAGCAUCUAUGAUUUCCAGUUCUUCGUUGAAAGGACAACUAGACUUACUUGCCUAAGGCGAAACGUCUCAAGUAAGUCCAGUUGUCCUUUCCAGAAGAGUGUUAGACAAGUGAUAUUAAGCCUAUGCAUCGACUCCAACUACAGAGUCCUGAUGCUCCUAAACCUGGAGAUAUUGUUCAGCAUUAAAGGUAAAGGUGUUUUUAUUGAGCCGAAUUAUCAAUAAAAUCAUGAUUUUGUUAACAGGUAUGGAUUUAUGUGCUGUCGAGUUAAUAUAUUUGAACAAGAGCACAGUAAAGUUAAAUCAGCUAAUUUUCCAAUGAGGUUCUGUUACUAAACGGAACUACACCAUGAUCUACUGAGGUUAGUACAUAUAGGGUCCCAGACAUAGUACUAGACACCAAACAUCUUUUUAACUUUAAGUCAUUUCUUUAGCAAAGAGACUAAACACAACUCACCUACUCUCUUCCAGCAGCCGCUUGUUUGUAGAGAGACCUCAGGCCACUCCAUUACAGAUACAGCGGGGUGCCGCAGCUCAAGGAAGAAAAUUUAUGAUCAUUUAGUCAAAGUUAAAAAGAUGUUUGGUGGCUAGUACUAUGGCUAGGACCCUAUAUGAACUAACCUCAGUAGAUCAUGGUGUAGUUCUGUUCAGUAACAGAACCUCAUUGGAAAAUUAGCUGAUUUAACUUUACUGUGCUCUUGUUCAAAUAUAUUGCUCCAUCAGCUGCUGUCUGUUUAACUUUGAACAGAUCUUAUCGUACAGUUUCGUUCUGUGUGGGUCCUGAAAAAGUCUUAAAAAAUCUUAAAUCUGAUUUUAAAAAGUGCUGCAUCCUCGAAUGCGAGCGCCUCAUGAUGAACAGAAAACAGACAGAGAGACAAAUCUACAAAAGUCUUCUUUCAGAGAGACGGAAGAAUAAAAAUAAACCUUAAAUAAACUUUAAAAAUAAGCAUUAAAACGUCACAAACAGAUUUAUUCAGAGUUAUUUCAGGAUCUAGUCGCACUCACACACAAACACUGAGUCUGACCCUGAGUCAGUGAGUGUCUGUACCACACCGCCCCCUUCAGGUCUGAGCCUGUCACUUCACUCCCUCUCUCUGUGGAGGUUCUGGACUCUCUGGUGGAGGUUUUUACUCGGUGUCGGGGUCUCUGAUGAUUUAUUUCUCCUGCUGUGACUCUGUGGUGAUGGAUUCUCUCUCUCUCUCUCUCUCUCUCUGCUCUCAUGGCAGACCACUCCUCUCUCGCUCUCGCCGUCUUUCCUCCCCUUCCUCUCGCUCUCUAUUGGUCGGCUCCAGCCUCUCUCGUCGGAGGACACCUGCUUCAGCGCCUACUCUAGCCAGUCGGACAGUCAGUACGGCUCUCCGCCGCGCGGUUGGUCGGAGGAGAUGGACGAGUUCGGCCACACGCUGUACGUCAGCGACUAUACCAACGAGAAGGUACCUGCUGACCCGCUGCUGUCUCUGUUCUGUGGGGGUUCUGGGGGGUCUGCAUGCUGGACUGGACUUUGGGUGGAUUUCCUCCUGCACGACCAAAGUGAAAAAAAUCACUCUUUUCUGCUUUUUAUCAGCUCAACACUCAAAAAGAAAACUGUAAAAAACGUCUUUUUAUAUGGUGAAUAAAGAGGAAAAAGAGUAAACCAGAGUUUGACUCAGUCUGAGGGUUAGAGACGUCAAAGAUUCAGGAAUAAAUAUAGUAAAUAAAAACCACAAACUCUGAGUUCAUCCUCUGGUUUUUGAUGUUGUUGUGCAGAAGUUUACAGUUGUGUGUUCCUCCUGAACAGUGGCUGAAACACGUGGACGAAAAGGGCCGACCUUACUACUACAGCGCAGACGGUUCCAGGUCAGAGUGGGAGCUCCCAAAGGUUAGACCCGGUUCUUAUUCUGACUCUGAGUCACUUCCUGUUAGAGGAUCUAGAACCUGUUUGUCUGUACAUCAGUCCUCCGACCAUCACAGUGUUUUAUUUUCUUCCUCCUGUGUUAAAAAUGAACGAUCAGCACGUUAAAGGUAGAGGAGGUGGAAAUCUGUUAAAAAAGCAUCUUUUUAUUUUGUGGUUUUAAUACAAAAAUCUUCUAAUAUCAGUCAAUAGUUAUUAGUUAUUGAUGACAUUUGGUAAUAUAUCGAUAUCUCUGUGUUCUCUUAUGUCUGUGUCGUCAACAUUUGAACAUUUUUGAGCGGUCCGCUCUUUCUGACUGUAAACAAAGCCGUUCUCCACCUCCUCUAACCUGAUUGGUUGUGAGGCAGACGCUGCUCUCCCGUGUCGUUCAGGAGCCCAAACAAAGUUAGCGUGCUACAAUAUCGGACAGUAGAAACCAACCAGAAAGUUCGGAAAAUUGUCCGAAUCCUCCUUUGGCCACGACUGCCGACACAAGCAAGAAAACAAAGUAAAUACCGGAGACUCUGGAGGAAUAACGGGCGCUUAAAACGGAGGUAGACCGGACAAGAGCUAAAAAGCCGGGUCAACAUAAACGAUGGGGGACGCUUGGGGAUCUUGGUGACCCUGUAACCUUUCUGCUGGACAGGUAAACCGCUUUAACAAAGUAAGACAAGUGUCUGUAACAGAAGUGGUUCUUGUCAAACGGACCUGCUGUAGCGUGUUGUAGCGCCAUCGCUAAACUGUCCUCCCUCGGGUCCUGGACUAUGUCACUUUAUCCUCGUUGUAGAAGUCCUGCAAACAUUGUGUUUGCUGGUAGUCUGUUGGCAUCUACAGUAGCACCAAUGCUUUUGACUUUCACCUUGACUGGGCCCCAUUUGUAUUUAUCUGCAUUAUAUCUGAAUUUAACUGGAACGAUACGAGCGAGCAGGAGCGUCUGUUUGUCUGCGUCUGCUCCACCCUCCCCUAAACUCACCUCACUAAAAGCCUUUUUUUUAAUCAUUAUAUUGGAAUAAAUCGGUUAUCAAUACCUGCCCUCUUCCUCCAGUAUAACCACUCCCCCCCUCAGCCCUCCGGAGACGCCCCAAAGAGUCGCAGUCUGGACCGGAGGCAAGUGGAGCCCAUCGUCCUGACCAAGUGGAGGCACAGCGCCUACGUCCAAGAACCCAACGACAAGGUAUGACGCUCAGACCGUCUCUGCAGGACGUGGAUUUUCUGCUCCACAGUCUUUGACCCCUCCCCUUGAAGGACCAGAGUCUCCUGAUCUAGACCCCGAUUGAACUGUAGACCGGUUACUUUACAGCGGCUGUUCAAAACCAGGCGUUUCCGCUCAGGCUCCGCCCGCCAACACCCGUACAAACACCAAGUCAGUAGCCUGUCCGACCCACCAACCAAUCAGAGCCCUGAUCCAAGCAUGCGUCACACAUGUUCACAUGUAAUCACCUGAGCUGAUCGGGGAUCAAUGUUCUGAUUAAAGGAUGGUGAACUUUAGUGUUUGUCAGUGAUGAUGAUGAUGAUGAUGAUGAUCCUCCUCCUGCUGCAUGAACCUCCUCAGAAGACCCCGCCUCCUCCUCCUCCUCCUCCUCCUCAGGAAAUCCACAGUUUUCUCAUUUAACAGCUGAUUACCGUCGUCUUCACCCUUCAUCCUCAUCAUCAUCAUCCUCUCAUUAACCUCCCGCUCUUGUGUUUGUUCUCUCAUCUCUGUCUCCUCACCAGGACGCCGCUCUGGGUCCCAUGUCCCCCUCACCUGACUCUGACUCCUGCCCUUCAUCUCCCAAGCCCCCCACCUCCGUUAGUACUCACCCCUCACUCACUCACUCACUCACUCACUCACCUCCUCAUCCUCCACCUCCCUCUGAGUUUCUGUCGGUGGUUUGUCGAUCGUUUCAAACUCCUUUCUUUGAUUUGACGGUGCAGAGACGACAGAUACUGAGCUGAAACUGAAAACUGGAGGAUUAACGUUCAACAUGUCCGAAAGUUUCCAAAACAAGAUUUCAUUUGAAAAUGAAGUUUUUAGUUUUAAACAGUCGGUGUGUUGUCUCUGCAUCAGUUUCAGUUUAGUUAAAUACUUUAGUGGAUUUACAAACCAUCAGAUUCUGUCCUCAUUAUCAUCCGUCAUGGGUUCGUGUUUUAUCCGUCCAUUCAAUUAUUUUAUUCAAUCUAGAAAACAACAAACGAGUCAAUAUUUUGUUUGUUUGUUUUUCUAUAUAACAAAAAAAAAAGAUUAGUGUUUGUUUUCAUACUUUCAGUUUAAAACUGAAUAUAUAAUAGAGAAGGAAACGAAAACAAAAUAAUAAAUCUACUUUUUGUUUUCGGGUUAUUGAUGUCCCCGUUUCCCACGGUGCCUUUCUACUGUUCGCAAACAACGUGGACCAAAAACUCCAGGCCAGAGCAGUAGAGAGUAGAGCCCGACCGAUUUAUCAGCGAGCCAAUUUUAGCCUUUUUGAGACUAAUCAAUAAUCGGCCAUAUAUACCGAUAUUUUCAGAAAUAAUAUGUGGAGAAUUGUUGAAAAGUUAAAACGCUUUUCUGGUCCAAGUUUGAUCAGUCUGUCUUCCUGUCGGCGUUAAGAUCAGCAGCCUACAGUAUAUCAACAGUGUAUAUAUAUUUUUCAUGACUUUGUAAAAAAUUUAAAAAAUCGGCUGAUUAAUUGGGAAUCAGAUUUUUUCCCCCCUAAUAAUCGGUAUCGGCCCCAAAAAUCCAUAUCGGCCGGGCCCUAGUAGAGAGAAAGGCUAACCUGUUGUCAUGGAGACGGACGCAUGACCUCUUCAGGGUCACGCUGAAGGAGGAAGAUCUGACUGUAGAAAAAUCAGAGCUCUGUUACAACUGAAGAUUUUGGCACUCGAACCUGUCGCAUCUUUCGCCAUGGUAACUGUCGCUGAGGAUCAUGGGAACGCCAAUGUAGCCUCCAAACAGGCGCACUCAAAAUCAAUAAUUGUAAAUAAGAUUUAUUAUUUUGUUGUUGUUUCCUUCUCUAUUAUAUAUUCUGUUUUGAACUGAAAAUACGAAAACUAGUUUUAUUUAUUUAUUUUUUUGCUUUUAUAGAAAAACAAAAAAACUAAAUAUUGACUCGUUUUUUUGUUUUUCGUUUACUAGAGUGAAUAAAAUAAUUAAAUGGACGGUAAAUUCAUGGACUGUUUUGAAACUGUGGUUUUAAGUAUUUUGAGGUUUUAUAAUCGGUAGAUGUUUCUUUUAUUAGUGAACCUUUAAACACGUUUCUGUUUUUGUUCUUUUACUCACUGAUCGUCUGUUUAUUUAAAACCAGAAAAAGAAAUCGCACUAAAACACAGAGGACGUGUUUUUCUCUCUCUCAGCUGUAACUCGACUUUCAAAGAUGUUUUCCUCUCAAAGCUGUAAACUCAGUCGUUUCUUCCUGCUGUGGUUGUUAAAGUUUAAUUAACCGAUGUGUGUGUGUGUGUGUGUUUAACCUGUUUCUGUUUUUUCUCUCUGCAGCCGUCGGAGAAGUGCGGCGUUUUGAACGUGACAAAAAUCACCGAACACGGCAAGAAAGUUCGGUGAGUCGACCUUUAAACUGCUCAAAUGUCAUUGGGUUUCCAACCUGCAUGAGUCGGCUCCUGUUUUAGUGUUUUAUAGUUUGUUUUUAGUUGUUUGUUUCUAUUGUUUUUAAAAACAUAGAAACUAUAUUUUACUUUUUAAUAUCUGAUUUUAUUUAAUCCUUUGUUUUGUUUUAAUUGUUUUUUUUUAUGUCUGCGUCGUUUUGUCUCUUUAUGUUCAUCACUUUGUUCAGGUGGUUGAUUUAAAGUGUUUUACAAAUAAAGUUGAGUUUUAGUCCGAGUUCAGUACAGAGACCGUGAGGAGAGGAAACACUGAAGUUCUGACGACCAAAAUCCUCCACUCUGAAAAAAAACCAACAACAUAAAUGAAGUUUGAAGAUUAUUUAAAAUCAUCAAAGUGACUGUAAAGCGUUAAAGAAAAAGACUGAAGGUUAUAAAACUGUGUCAUCUGCAUAAAAGCGUGUAAGCUGAUUUAUUAAAAAAGGGUUAAUAAUAAUAAUAAUGAAGCUCUGUAAGUGAGGAGCUUUUAGUCUGUAUUAGUUUUAGUGCCCCCUUGUGGAUAAAGAAGUCUUUGCCUCUUUCAUCUUCUGACCAAUCAUCCUGCUGACAUUUGACGACCUGAUUUUUCAUAUUUAGUGUGAAAAGUGUAAAAAAAACCCUCAGAUUAGUUUGGGACACGAACAUUUCCAGUUUUAAAAUCAACGAUCUAAUCACUGACGGUUUAGUUUGAUUUUGAAUAUCAAAAAAAAGACAUUAACGUUAAUUUUAGUUAAUUAUAAAAGUUUAAAAAACUCUUUACUGGAGUUUUCAUAUUAAUCAUAAAUGUAGUGGACCUAACAUGGACCCCUGUGGCACACCUUCACUGAGGUCGACCAGGUCUGAAGAUGUGAACAAGGAUGUGAUUUGAUCUAAAACUGGACCAGAACACGCUCUUUGGGUCUUUCUAAGGUUUUCAAACCUUCUGUUGCAGGAAGAACUGGACCUCCUCCUGGACUGUGCUCCAAGGAUCCACCUUACUAUUCGCCAAAAGCCAAGGAGGAGGAACCAGCUGGGUCAGUACCAGAACUUUCUCCUGAAAACAGAUCAUCUGGAGGAAGAGUUUUAGUAGAUUUCUGAGGAUCAGAGGAGUCUUCAUCAUCUCUGCACGCUCAAGUUCUCAUGUUCAGAAGAAACACUGGGCCUCCUUCAUCAGCUCUGCAGCUUCAUAAACUCCUGUGUGAUUUCUCCGAACCUCUGACCUCUGACCUUUGCUCAUUUGGACAAACUGAUGUCGGAUCAAUAACAGAAAAAUAAAAACAGAAGAAGAAGAAGCUGAAUCUGAAUGAGGCCCAGUGUUUCCAGUUCAGAGGAGUCAGGCUGAAUUUUCUCCCAUCUGUCUCCUCUUCUUCUUCCUCUUCCAUGCCUCCUUUCCUUCCUUCCUUUUAACCCCCCACCCCCAUGGUCCCUGUCUUCACCUCCCCCCCAUCAUACAGUCAUAUUACCACAGCGGCUCCUCCCUCCCUGAGUUUCUCCUUUCACUGUUGAGUGGCUGGAAGCCGACUGCUAAGAAACGUCCCGCUGCUGUCUCCUUUGACUCCUCUGAGCUCCACAGAGACUCCUCUGUAUGUGUCCUCCUCCUCCUCCUCCUCCUCCUCUGCAUGCUCCCCCCUCUCUCCCCCUGUCCUCCACGCUUUGACCCCCUCUGUCUGAUAUGACACUCACUGCAUGUGGAGAGGUCUGAACAGGUGUACUUAUUUAAAAUCCGGGUUUAGACGGUCGUGUAAAGACUCUUUCCUCUCGUUCAGGAUUUCUCCAGAUCAGAGAAAAGUCCAGUUUUGAGUUUUUAUGCAGAAAAGUCGAUCAUGAAUGUGAAUUUAUUAAAGUCACAUCUUUUCUCACCUCCACACAGACUGUUGCAUGGAUGAACUGAAUAAAGGAACCGUCUUCAGUUUUAAUUUUCUCAGUUUUUAUUCAUUUUCUCUUUUUUUUUUUUAGUUUGGAGGGAGUCAGUCCAAACCCGAGUUCACCGUGGACCUGAGGGGCGGCUCUGUGGAGUGGGCGUCGAAGGACAAGUCCAGCAAGAAGCACGUCAUCGAGGUCGUUACAAACUCUUGACUCUCACAGUUUUCCAGUUUUUAAACAUGCGUAAUGAAAACAAAAACAACAACAACAAUAAAAACAGCUGAUGGUGUGAAACUGUGACGUCUCUUCUUCUCAGGUGAAGACUCGUCAGGGUACGGAGCUGCUGAUCCAGUCUGAGAACGACGGCCUGGUCAACGACUGGUACAGAGCUCUGCAGGACACCAUCAGCACCCACGUGAGCAGAUUUUACUGACUGUUUAGAAACUGUUCAGCCUGUCAGCCUGAACCUUUAAAGUAGAGGAAACAGUCGUGAACGAGGACAUGCUGACGGUCUGGGAAUCAGGAUGUUAAACGAGAACAGAGAAUAACCCUGAGAGUCCAGAUAAGAUCAGGUUUCUGCUCCAGGAGUCCAAAGGUGGAGCAGGUAGAGGUUUUUACGAGCCGGAUCUGAACUCAGCAUGUGCUCCAUUUGUUUGUUUGUUUUAGGCGUGGGAGUCUGAUGAGGCCAUCGAGGAGGACAUGCCCGAGUCUCCCGGAGCGGAGAAACAUGACAAGGAGAAAGAGCACAGAGACUCCAAGAAAGGCCGAGGUCUGUGUGGAAAAACACACACAUUACACACACAUAUUUAUUUAUUUUAUUUAUUUAUUUAUUCCAGCCAAGGCAGUUUCAACAUCAUGUUACAUCGCAACAUUUCUUAGAGAGAGCAGGAAGAAGAAACGUCUUAUAUUACAACAUUCAUACAAUAAAACAAAACAAAAUAAUAACAACUAAACUAAACUAAACAAAAACAGUAAAACCAAAACAAAAUAAUUGAAAACAAAACAAUAACAGAAAAACAAAAUAAUACAAAAUAAUAAUAAUAAUAAUAAUAAUAAUAAUAACAACAAAAUAAGGACAAAAAAACGAAAACAAUAAGAACAAAACAAAAUAAUUUAAAACAAAACCAUUACAACAAAACAAAAGAAAAUAAUAAAAACAAACCACAACAAAACAAAAUAAUAACAACAAAACAACAUAAAACAACAAAGCAAAAUAAUAACAAAACAAAACAGUAACAACAAGACAAAACUAUAACAAAAAACAAAAUAAUAACAAUAAGAACAAAUAAAAUUAUUUUAAACAAUAAAAUCAAAACAAUAAAAACAAAACAAACAGAACAGAGUUUUAAUUUGACUUUUCAGUCACUGAUUUAUCCUGUAGUCAGACCAUGAAAUUAACAAAACAAGCAAAAUAAUAAAUCUAAAUAUUAGACAGCAUUUCAAACUGAAUCAUUGGUCACUUUUGUCAUAAUUUCUGAUUGUUUUUUCCUUUAACAUUUUCUGGGCUUGUUAAAGAUUUGUUCAGGUCUAAACGGGUGUUUAAAAUGAAACUUCCUCCCGUGUUCUCCGUCACCUGAUCUGAUAUCAAACAGCUGUUGUACACCUUCUGGUAAUAUUCUGUUAUCUGCUUUAAGUCUUUGAAUUUCAUCCUGAUUUGAUAAACUAUCUGUUUGUACGUUCUCUGUCUCCUACAUUAUGAAUAAUUCUUACUGCCUUUCUUUGUAACAUCAUCAGCGGUCUUAUCCUUGUGAAGUAUGUUUGGCCCCAAACUUCGACACCAGAGCAAAAAAUAGGCAGAAUAAGAGGAAAAUAUAGUCGUUUCAUGACAUUACAAUUCAAUACAAGUUUGACCUUGUUCAAAACAAAAAUAUUCUUCAACACUUUAUUUUUUAUAUGUGCAAUAGAAACAAAAUUCAACAUUUCCAAUCUCUCUUCCAUCUAUGGAUGAUGAGUGACGAGAGAGUGAAGUUAGUUCAAAUGUGGUCAAACUAAUAAGAAGUCCUUUAAAGGAGAAAGAUUUCAGAGUUUCAGAGAUUACAAAUGAGGAAACUCUAAAGCAGAACUGGAUCAGGGUCCCAGAGUCCACCACACAAACCUGAAAGUGAAAGUCUAAAGUCCAGACCGGUUUCUGCCGGCGCAGCCUCCUGAGUCAGAAUAUCUGCGUCAUUCUCCUGAGCGUCCGUCAUGGCGAUCAGCGUGUUGAGACGAGUGGUGGACAACACUGUCCUGUCCCAUCUGUCCUCUGCAGCCAUGAAGAUGUCCACCAGCAUGGACGGCGGCUCGGACAACAAGAAGACCCGACACAAGCUGAAGAAGUUCCUGACCCGCCGCCCGACGCUGCAGGCCGUCAGAGACAAGGGAUACAUCAAAGGUAGAGACGGCGAGGAAAUCCACCUGAAACCACGACCGAGUAGAAAUACAGUCCUGUAGAUCUGCAGCUUUAGUCUGUGUUUAUUCUCUUUUCUGAAGCACAGAGAGCUUAAAAAGAUCAAUCUGGUUGAUUUUAUUUCUAUCAUAGAUGUACAAGAGAAAUCCAGUUUUAUCAGUUUCAUGGUUUUAUGACAAAAACAGAGAUCUUUGUCCGAGGUUUAACCGGACUUUUAAAUCCAGGUGUAGAUAAAAAAAAAACGGACUUUGGACGUCGUUAUGACUCCGCUCUUCUUCUGCGUUUUCAGAUCAGGUGUUCGGCUGCAGUCUGUCCAGUCUGUGUCACAGGGAGAGCAGCACCGUGCCGAGCUUCGUCAGGAUGUGCAUCGACCACGUGGAGAACAACGGUGGGUUCCAACACGCUAUCUGCCUCUGAUAACGGAGGGCGGGGUUUACUGCCUCAGGAUAGUAAAGUCAGAGUGUGCAAUAAAAUGAACUGAGAUGACGUUUUCCUCCCAUGAUCCUCUGCAGGUCUGUGUGUGGACGGGCUGUACAGAGUCAGUGGGAAUCUGGCGGUCAUACAGAAACUACGCUUCGCCGUCAACCACGGUAAAUUACUCUCGUCUCUCUCUCUCUGUGAAAACGCAGCCGUACUUUCUUGGUUCAAAGGUCGUCUCUGAGCGUCUCUCUCACUGAAGGUUUGUUUGUUUUUGUCCAGAUGAGAAGGUGAACCUGACAGACUCCAAGUGGGAGGACAUCCAUGUGACCACAGGAGCUCUAAAGAUGUACUUCAGAGAGCUGCCCGAGCCUCUCUUCUCCUACGCCCUCUUCCACGACUUCGUCAGCUCCAUCAGUACGUCUUUAACACACAUACGCUGAUGUUUGAACUCACUACCCAGCAGUCGUCCUUCCUCGCUCGAACAGAUCUUGUGUUUUUGUCCGCAGAGCUCCCAGAGUACAAGCAUCGAGUCCAGGCCAUCAAAGAUCUGGUCAGACAGCUGCCCAGGCCGAACCACGACACCAUGCAGGCUCUCUUCAAACACCUGAGGAAGUAAGACGGAUUUAUUUGAACCCUCCUAAAUCAGAAGUUUGUUUUUCAGCUCAGAACCUGUACAAAUCAAACAAGGUCCGUGAUCUUUGGUUCUGUCCCUGCAGGGUGAUCGACCACGGGGAGGAGAACCGUAUGACCACCCAGAGCGUAGCCAUCGUGUUCGGCCCCACGCUGCUGCGGCCUGAAACUGAGACCUGGAACAUGGCGGUCCACAUGGUCUACCAGAACCAGAUCGUGGAGCUAAUACUGCUGGAGUACGAGAACAUUUUCGGCAGGUAGAGAGACGAGGGAGGAUGAGCUUCUUUCAUUCCCUCUUCCUGACCCAGCACGGCCCUGCCUAAAAAAGAAAACAAACAGCCUGGUCUGGUCCGGUCCAGUCUGGUCUGGCUCAUCAGCCGGCCCGGGAGCUGCUGCUUCUUCAUCUCCAACCAUCCUGUGGUCACAGGCUUCUCCAAACCGUGCGACCUCUGGACCAAAACCACGCUAACAUGCCGCCGAUAAAACAUAGAUGUUAAAAAAAUAAAGCGACCAAAACAUUUGGACUUUUCUUGCACUUUUUGUCCCGCAGCUGAGUUUGUGCCACUUCUACUGCGAACGGUGACGUCUUCCUGUCUCAACACUGGAGUCCUGAAAGGAAACUGAACAAGCUUCUAACUAACUAACUACUGCACAGACUGACUGAGACCAAAGGAGCUGCAGCGGAGGAAGAGCGAGCCUCGGCAGCUUUGAUUUAGACAGAGGAGGAGGCGUCAGUAUUGGGUGUUUGGAGGUGGAGGUGCCCCCUGUAUGAACUGUACUGUAUAUUAGAGAACGCACUGGGAGAGAAACCAAACUGCUGUGCUUUGCUUUAGGCAUUUCGACACUAACAGAACAAAAGGAGGAGAAGAAGAAGUGAGGUCUUCUUUUUAGGAACUUUUUCUUGUUAAAGAACUUUUUCUGCUCUUUCUGGGCCCCUGUCUUUCUUUUUUUUUUAAAUGUUGUUAUCCCCGUCUACCUCUGUCAACUGUCUCAAUCUGCUUCUCCAUCCUGGAAAAAAACUCAACCUGGGGUCCUCUGAACACGUUCGAGCUUGUCAUUAUUAUGAUUAUUAGUCUGUAAUAUAUGAAAAUGCACUCCACCUUCUCCAUUUGGCUUCAUGAACAAAUCUUCAGGCUGUGGUGAGAACUUCAGCUGAAUAAACAAACAAAGGUACUCAUCUGUGUCUGUCCUGAACUCGUGGACAUGAACAGUUCAGAGCACUGGACAUCACUCCAAUGAUAAAUCUGUACAGUGUUGAUGUGUGUGCAUGUGGAUGCUGGGAGAGGGUGGACGGAUGAAUGAAUGGAUGGAUGAUUUAAUGACCAUGUAUUGUACAAAUAGUAAAUAUAAGAAUGAAUGCCUGGAGUGUUAUAAAUAUAAGAGGGAGAAAUCACUAUUUUGUGAGCGCUGUUCAACCAACAGAUGUGAGGGGACUGAAAGAUGUGGAGGUUACCUGUGCGGCAGGUAAACAGGAAGCUGAAUGUAACUGUUGGCUUUGACAAACUGGAAUAAAGACCUCUAACAAGAGACUGUCUAAUGGAGA